AUGUUGCCCUUGGUAGACCAUCUCCUGGAAUUUUCUCAUUUGGAAAACACACCAUUCCGGGUCUAUGCAGUCACAGCCCUGCUCUUCCUCUUUAUCAGUCGCACAAUACUAAAGGUGGUGAGCUUCUUCUAUGCUUACAGCGUCAAUGUAUGGAGGCUCCGCUGUUUCCCAGAGCCCCCAAGACGUAGCUGGCUUUUUGGACAUUUGGGAAUGGUAAGUGCAUUUUUACCAUGCAAAAUUACCCAGUGAAAUGUAAUUUACUCAUUAAGCAGUGAGCAUUAUCAUUUAUUUAGAUAGUGCUGACAAAAUACACAGUGCAGGAUACAUCAAGUUUAGUGCAUAAAACAGCAUUACAGACAGAAGAAGACUGAUACAGUAGGCCUAAUUAGGUAAGGUAAGUGGAGAGUUUAUAAACUCAGCUAGUUUGCCCUCAUUUGUUCACCAAUGCCCUGUAAGGUAACGAGUCAUGUUUACUCUGCCAGUCUUUUUUAAGUGUAUCAAUAAAGGACAUAACAUGACCCCUUGUGAUUCGUUUUGAGGCUUGUUAAAGGAUAGGUUUGUCAAGAUCUUGUAAAUUGUUUAUUACAAUUACAAAAAUCCCAGUUUGAAGCUCUUUCUAAUUUUGCAACAAAUUAACAAAUAAUUCCUUCUCGAUCCCAGAAUGGCAGUCAGAUCUCUCCUUGGACCAAGAACCUGUUAAUCAACAUAUUAAAUAUUCAUCUAGGUGCGGUUUAAACAUCUGUACAGACUCCACCUAUUCAGGCAGAGAAUACCACAUUCUUAUUGUUUUUACUGUGAAGAACCCUCAACUUUGCUCAACACAAAAUCUGCUUUCUUCCAGUCUAAAUUGGUGACAUUGUGUCCUAUUUAUAGUCCUGUUUAUGAAUGCAUUUCCAGACAAUGUUUUGUAUUGGCCCAAAGUAUAUAUGUAUAAUGAAAUAUCCCUUCUAAACUAAAAAGGUUUAAAUUUGUUAGCCUUUCUUCAUAACUAAAAUGUUCCAUUCCACUUAUUUUGUAGAUUUCCUCUACAUUUUUUCUAGUGCCAUGUUUAUCUUUAGAAAAGGUACCCAACAUUGUACAGCAUAUUCAAAGUGUGAUCUUGUCAUUGAUUUAUAAAGAGGAAAAAUUUAAUUUUCAUCCCGAGAAUUAAUGCACCUUUUUUUUUUUAUAUAAAACAAUACCUUACUGCUUUUAGCAGCUGACAUUGCAGAUUGGGGCCUUGCUUUUUUCUAAAACAAUUCCCAAAUCCUUCUUGUGUGUUAUACUUAAUUCACUACUGUUUAGGGUGCAAGUUGCUUGUGCAUUCUCUAUCAAGAAAGUGCAUAACUUUGCAUUUAUCUACAUUAAAGUUAAUUUGUGUUCGGGGCAAAUAGCCGUAUAUGGAGUAAGGUUCCAGCAUAAGCGUAGGAUAGUAUAAAGGGAGCAAGUCGGUUGUGGUGUGCCGAGACCGACGAUACGGUAGGCCUGUAAAUAAAGAGGGCAAAAAGAAUAAUCAAAGAUUUAAUACAGUCAACAAUAUAUACAAAUUAACCAGACAUUUCCUUAAAUGCAUUACGGUAUUUAAUUCCUUGAAGGAUUUUGAAGGUAGGAAUCUAGGACCGCAACUGGACACCAUUUGUUGUGGGUAGGAUAGUAUGUUAUCUCUACUGUUGGUGCGUGUUGACUCGUUUCGGAAUGUGGUAGAGCCAAUAGGUAAUGAUAUAUGUGUUUACAUACGUGGGAUCGUUGAAGACAAUGAUCUGUCUGAGUGGUGGUUAUGGUAGUGGAUUCUCUGGCCUGAGAAAGGCAUAAAAGGCAGUGUGCAUGGCUGGUAAUGGCCAACUUGGUAGUAUAAUUGAAUGGUUGUAGCUCUAAUAGGUCCGAUAAGGAUGGAAAAGUUGGAUGGUAAUCUCUCAGAGGAACGUGGGGGGAUGGAUUCCUGAAAACCUCUGAGUAUAUUCUUGUCUGGUAUGAUAGCAUGAAGUUAUGGUAGUUUUGGCCAUAGGUUAUCCUGUGUUGUUGAAUGCCUGUAAAAUAUAUAAUUAAUGGUGUGUGCGAUGGUUUUAGUUUAAAGUGGCAAAAAAUGAAGCAAAACCUAGGAGAAAUGUUAUGACACAGGUUGAGCUGUGUCGUGUUCCAAUGAGAUUCUUUAAAGCCAGGUGAAUAGCUGUGUUAUGUGUUCUACAAGUAUGGGAUGAAAGUGCUAGGUGGGAUAGUGCAUGCUAUGCUGCAUGAGUAUGUCUAAUCCAUGAUUUUGUCUCUGGAACGAAAGAGUGGCCGUGACUGUAUGGGUGGCUGUAGGAAGCGUAUGAUGAACAUGCCUGGAAUAUAAAUGAGACAAUUGUCGGCAGGGAUGUAUACCCCCGCCUGGUACAUGAAAGUAAAAGAAAUGUGGUAAGUGGCCAACCAAGUGAGUUCCCCAGCAAUACCAUGAUCGUAUGGAUGAUGAGUGGCAUUUGUUGAUGAUAUGACAUGUGCUUAGUUGUCUGAGUAACAACGGAUUGAUGACCCUGACCAUGAUUUACCCCAUGCCACAGCAGCUGCUUUUAGCGGGGAAAGGAUUGCCCAUUUUAUGCCAUGUAAGUGCCAGUUUGUAGGGUAGAUGGUAGCCGUUUACUGUGUUGAUGAUAUUGGUCUUACUUAACGAAGCUUCAACCCAUGCUUGAGUGAUAGCUGUAAAGGUAGAUCAAUGGUGUGUAUAGUAAGGAAACUCCUCGGAGGGUAUGAGGGAGUUGAGACUUGGGGUAGCGAAGGUGUGUGGUGCCAAUAAGUCUAUGGUUAGUCUUUGUUUAAGGGAAGAUUCCCUUGUGACAAUACCAAUGUGUUUGUGUUUGUGCCAUGCUGUAAAUGGUGGAGAUUGGAAAACCAAGUAAAAACCCCUCUGCAAAUCUUGGCUAUGAGUGUGUUUACAGCCGCGGUUCUGUUGUGCUGACUGUAAGUGAGGGCAUGCUAUAUUCCUUGAGGGUUUAUUUAUGAUACCUGUAUGGGAGCCCUUUGAAGCUCCAUAGCCUUAGUAAAUCUACUACAAGUCUGGAAGGGUGAUGAGUCAGUAGUGUUGAAAAUGCAUUGGUGUGUACAGAUAGUUAGUACGUUAUUUGUAAGUUGUAUUGGGACACAUGGUUUGUCAUGUGCCCUGAAUGAUUUUAACAUAUAUGCAACAGUCUAUAUGCAAUGCAUCUACUAAUACCAAUUGUCUCUGGUAGUUCAGAGGUGCUGGUACCUGGAGUCUGAGAGUGCUUUUCCGUUUGUUUGGGAGAAAAUCCCUUCUGUAUGGGUACCUGCACAAAUAAGCAUCUCUACAUAUUCCAAAUGCCAACACAACCAAGGGAUGGUCAGUUCCCGAUUUUCCUAGAAUCCCUGGGUCUGACCAUCAUAGAUACAUCAUACAUAUUUAUGCCUUGUUUCCCCAAUGUGCCGGGAUCAUAUGUGCAGGGUUAACGUCUUGUACCAAGAACUGAUUGUACCAGGUAACCGAGUUUCGGUUGGUGCUGGUUGUACAGUAGCGUGAGGCCCAGCCUUGUGAGGGCUGUGACCGACGCGAGAUUGCCAGUCUCUCGUAAAUUUUUUGGCUCAUGAGUUUAUGAGUGAGGCUAGCAUGGCCUGGGUGUCACCUGAGUUGGUGUUGCUGGGCCUUCCCCUGCCUCCGUGUUGUCCAUUGAUGUAUAGAGGAGUUUGAAUAACUCUGCUUUCCUUGCUGUGGCAGGGUAGGGGAUUUGUCGCCUCCUUAGGGCGGAGCCACAUCUCCUCUGCUUGAAGGUGUAUCACUUCUAGCCAGGGUGCCAGGAAGAGGUGAUUCUUCACCAUCUUUUUGAGAAAUACUUAAAUAACAAUAAAGAUUGCAAUUAUUAUUUGUACCCAGGGGUCUUGUACUGGCUUGCUAGCUAAGCCGUAAGGCGAAACGAUUAGGCUCUGUGUUUUUUGGUGACUGGUGAGGCCCUGCUAGUUGCCAAGUGGCUUGAGAGGCUCUAUCUAUGCUUGGCGCGAGGGGAUUUUUUGUGGCCACCGAACGUUGUGGCAGGAUGUUGGCCUCUCGGUGACAGUAACCAGAAAAAUAGGAAGGGAAGUGACAGGUGAGGCCCUCUCUAUGAUACAAUGCGAGGCGGCUAGCUCACGAGUGGCCCGAGGGGUGUAUGCCUCUGUAACGGACUGUUUCUCUCACAAGAGGAUAAAAACCGUUUAGGCAAUAAUCCCCUUUCCCAUAGACCAGCAGCUACUGCAAUCACCAAUCUCCCGAACUCCAAACUGUACGAAUCCCCAACUCCCGAACAGGAAACACACAAACCCUGGAAGCAGCCGAACAGGAAAAGCCCUAAGAACAGCUUACACUCCUGGCAAUCGGCAUACAGUCAAAUUCCCCCAAAAAAUGAGACGACACUUCACUUGGAGGGUUAAACAGGAACAACCCUGAUUUAUUCACACAACAGGCUUAUAAAGGAUUCUCCCAUGCAAGGGAGGGAUUUACAACAAUUACACAAUACACCAAUCACACAUGAGUUACCUCCCACAAUGCCUCACAACCCCUCCCCUCUGGCCUGGAGAUAAUUGGGGAAGGAAUCUAAUUAUCUCCCAGGACAGAGGCAAAACUCCAUUACCCACAUGGCAGACAAAAAGACAGUAAAAGACAUAAAAUUACAUACGGAUACAUUUAGUACGUAAAACACACAUUUCUACACAUCCCCAGAUAGCUUUGAUCAUUAUUAGAUGAAUGGCACUCAGAUCACACGAAUAAGCCUUUCUGCAGGGAAAAUAAAUGGUUUAACCUACAGGGCCAUAGUCCAAAGAUAGCAGGCGAGCAACCAGGCUUCUCCAGUUCACAGUGGCGAGGUUGGUUUCGCCACAGCCUCCGAGUGUGAGGCGGGGUGUUGGCCUCGCGGGACCACUAACCGAAGCAUAAUGCAGAGAAAAAAAGGGGGUAAUACCUAUUGGGCCCUAGAACCCUAAUUGCCAGUACACUAUUACUAUUCCAGGGAAGGUAGGAGAUGGAUAACUAUGUGAGCAGGUGUACGUACCUGACAAUCCGUAUAGGUUUUUUAGUAGUAACUGUAACCUGAAUGGAUAAAAUCGUAUGGCAUAAGGAAAUAUGGCAGAGACCAAGCUUAUCUUAAAACAUACAGUAUAUGUGAAAGUAAAGUGCCGUGAUAUGUAAAUAUUAAACAUCAUAUCCAUACUGGUUAAAUAUGUAUCAAUCUUAACCCAUUAAGUGCCGUAUGUAUGUGAACCAUAUUACCAGUUACGUAUAUACAGAUGCGUGUGCUACUGUGUAAUAAUAUGUGUAUUUAUAACAGAUGUUGAUAUACUGCUUGCUAUGUGAAUUGUUGUAUGCCUUAUUGAAUGGUCAGUGAACAUGGUGUUGCAAAAUGCAAGUGCACUGGAGAUCUGCCGAGUGCCCUAUAGGUGGCAGUGUAGUUGAUACUGAUUGGUAUGUGAAAUGUUGUUUGUCUGUUGACCUACAGGGGUCAGUGUUUUGGUGUUUGUAAAACCCCAUGAAAAUUGUCAAUGUACUUGACAGACCUGUAGGUGGCAGUGUUGAUAGAACCACUGUUAGUCUUGAUGUGAAAUGUAAAUUAUUGUGAAUUAAACCUGAAGUUGAGCCCGUGUUGGAGUUUAAUUUAUGGUUUAUGGUUAUGUUUAAAACAAUCUUAUGUGUAAUUUAUAUUGGCUGGUAAUUGUAUAUGACAUGUAAAGACAGUUUUGCUGUUGACCAGUAGGGGUCAGAAAUGCUGAUUGUAUGGUAAAAUACCCUUUAACCCCUGAAGGAUACAUGACAUGUGUGACAUGUUAUGAUUCCCUUUUAUUCCAGAGUUUGGUCCUUAAGGGGUUAAUCCAAAUGCAAGGUUAACGUGAGAUUUUGAGAGUGACCUGUAGGGGUCAGUGUGGUUUAUGUGAAACAUUGUUCGUGAGCUAUGCCCCAGCAUUAUAGUUGUAUGACAGGGAAACAAACAGUGCCUGUUUGACAAUAUACAAUAAGUAAACAUAAUAGCUUAAUAACAGUCAUUGUAACAAACCAAAGUUCUGUUCGUGGGUUGUAAACGCACGAAACGUGUGUGUUGUAGAAUAGUAAAUGCAUGAACUAGUUCCCGUUUGGUAGAAAAUUGCACGAACCGUGAGCCUAGUAUGUCAGGGAAACAAAACGAAACGAGCAGUGAGAUUCGAAAUGCACGCACAGAAUUGCCUAUUAUGUUUAGGCAAUUGAAACAGAAUGUGUUCCCGUUUGGGAGUAUGCUAAAGCUCGAAAUGAGCCAGUGACAGAUAUAAACAAGUGAAUUUAAACGAAUGAUAUGCAUGAACAUGCAAUGGUUUUGGAACAGACUUAGACCAAACGCAGCCGUAAAGUGAGGACCGGACCUGUGCAUGGUGCCGUGGGACUGAUGCCUGGCGUAACGGGUAGGUCGACUUACGGUUUGUGAGUCACUUGGACACCAUCCACAGCGAUAGAUUUAAGAAAGAAGGUGGUAAGCCGGAAAAGCCUGUGGCUGAAUUCCUGACACAGCUCAGCUUAGAAAACCUCAUGGAGUAAUCAGGUAAAAUGGCGUCUGGAUGACCCGGAAGUGGAAAUCAUUCUGAUGCUGACCUCAAGUGAUAUGAGUCAGGUAAGGGGUGUCCCUUAUAUAGGAGAGUGAAUUAAUUUAAGCCCCUCCCACAAAUACAGGCCAAACUGCCUUAAAACCUGUCAUUUGAGUCAUAAUCUAUAAAAAUCCUUCUGCAUUAAAGUUAUAUCCUGCACACACUGUAUUACCUUUCCUAGUUUUGUGCAAUCUGCAAACUCUGACACAGAGUCUUCGAGACCAGCAUGUGUUCUAGCACUCGGUCUCAAUAUUGAUAACCUCAGUCUCACGGGCAGUGAUCCGUCGUAUGGAGCAAAUAGUCUCCCACAAUGUGUGUAUGAUCUUCUUAGCGACAGUGGAGAUUGUGUCAGGAAUAGAUCAAUCGUCUAACUCAUUUCGUGCCUCUCAGGAUCACUUCCACAGAGGCUCUCUGAGGGAUCCAAACGUUACAUAGUUACAUAGCUGAAAAGAGACUUGCGUCCAUCAAGUUCAGCCUUCCUUACAUAUGUUUUUGCUGUUGAUCCAAAAGGAGGUAAAAAAAAAAAACUGGCCCCGAAUAUAUUUGUAUAAUGUUAUCAUAUCCCCUCUCAGGCACCGUUUUUCAAAACUAAAGAGAUUAAAUUUUUUUAACCUUUCUUCAUAAUUAAAAUGCUCCAUUCCUUUUAUCAAUUUUGUAGCUCAUCUCUGUACUUUUUCUAGUGCCAUGAUAUCUUUCAUUAGAACAGGUGCCCAAAAUUGCACCAGGUCUUACCAGCAAUUUAUAAAGAGGCAAAAUUAUAUUUUCAUCCCGAGAAUUUAUGCCCCUAUUUAUACAUGACAAACCCAUACUUGCCUUAGCAACUGCAGAUUGACAUUGCAUUGGCUAAAAAGCAGAAAUACUGAUGAUGUCAUGAAUGAGCAGAUCGGGGGAGGGGCCAGUGUCAAUGGAGGUUCGCAGCGCUGGAUAUAAGGUGAGUUUUAAUUACUUUUAAGGAGGUGGAGGUAAGAAGAGCCACCUAAAUAGUGGAUUAAACCAAAUAGGGUCAGGAAUACAUGUUUGUGUUUCUGACCCUAUAGUGUUCCUUUAACAUCUUUUCAUUUAAAUACAUUCAACACUAUCUGAAUUCUUAAAUUUUUAAGACUUUCUUCAAGCCCUACUGCUUCAAAUAGUUUUGCAAGUAUUUAACUAGACCUUGCCUCUAGUAUUUAAAGGACCACUAUAGUGCCAAGAAAACAUACUCGUUUUCCUGGCACUAUAGUGCCCUGAGGGUGCCCCCACCCUCAGGGUUCUCCUCCCGCCGGGCUGGAUGCAGAGGAAGGGGUUAAACUUACCUCUUUCUCCAGCGCCGGGCGGGGAGCUCUCCUCCUCCUCUCCUCCCUCCUCUUCUCCUUCUCUUCGGCUGAAUGCGCAUUGGCCACUUUGAGUCUAAAUUCAAAUUACAAGUGUAAUUCAGAAUUUACCCACAAGAUGACACCACAUGAUUACUUUAAAAAAAGAAAAAAAAAUACAUCACAGGGACAAUAUAGGCACAAAAACAACUUUAGCUUAACCCCUUAAGGAUGGAUGAUGGACCCGGUCAAUCAUGCACUAAAAUUAACCCCAGAUCGUCACAGUGACGGCGAUUGCGGUGUUAAUGAUGUUGCUGGGUGCCUACGAGUCACAUCCAGUCACAGUGGUCACAAUGCUGCUGGGAUAUCAGAUCCGCCUCCCUCCACCUAUGUUGGGUUUGUGAAGUGGAGAGAGACGGAUCGUUGUUACUUUGUGUCCCUGUAGAGAAUAAAUUGUGUGAAGAGAUUCCAAAUCCCCUUUAGCCUUUGCUUUUAAAAAAAAAUAACCAUAUCCCUGCUGAUUAAUCACAGUAAUCAAAAUACAGAUCACAGUACUUCACUGUGAUCUGUUUUUUUUUUUUUUUUUACCCUCGGGGGUUAAAUUGGAUUUUUUUUUGUAAAUUUAGUUAAAUUUUAACAUUUUAUUUUUAUCAAUUUGUGAUUUAGUUAGUUGGGGUGGGUGGAAUUUAGUGGGAAUUGGGGAAUUUAGUGAUAAACUAGUUAGGGGUGAAAAGUAAAAAAAAAAUUAAAAAAAUAAAGUUUAGUUAUUUAGUUAUAGGUAAAAUGUAUUACCGUAGUACACAAUGCAGAGGAGGCUUAUGCCCUGUUAGCAGCCGACUCAGAGGCGAUAUACACUGCCUCAGAGAGUGAUGCUGUGGACAGGAACCAUGUGCCAGAUACUGCAGGACCAUCAGGAGAAAAUCGAUGAUUUCCCUGAUGCUGGACAUGGCACAGAUGACUGGGUACCCCUAAUAAUUUUUUAACAGACAUCAGUUCACUGCCAAUCCUGGCAUGCAGGCUGACCUGUCUGGCUAUAAUGGUUGGAUUGUAUGCAGCUGUUCUUGGGGGAUGAGAUUUUUGGGGAAAUAGUCACCCAGGCUAAUCUGUAUGCUGAGCGGUAUCUUGCACACAAUAAAGAGUCUCUCAUCGCCAGGAAAGAGAGAUGGUACCCCACCAGUGUGCCAGAAUUGAAACAAUUCUGGGCACUGACAAUGCUAAUGGGGAUAAUUAAAAGUCCAACAUUAGAAUGUAUUGUUCUAAAAAUCCCAUUUGCCAUAUCCCCAUUUAUUCCCCAGACAAUGAGUAGGGACAGAUAGGUAGACAUACUGUUUAUGCACUUUAGUGACAAUACGAAGUGCCCCCCCCCCAAAAGGAAUGAUCUUCUAUAUAAAAUACGCCAUCUAGGUGCCCACUUUAAUGAAAAAUGUGUCACUGUUUAUACCCCCAAAACAUAUUUCUUUUGACAAAUCCCUCACGAAGUAUAAGGGAAGACUGGGGUUUAAACAGUACAUCCCAUCCAAGAGAUCCCGAUGUGGGAUCAAAUUUUAUAAAUUGUGUGAAAGUGGCAGUGGCUAUGUGUACACCUUCCGUAUAUACGAAGGAAGGGAUAGCCACCUUGAUCCCCCAGGUUGCCCAGAUAUAGUAGGGACAAGUGAGAAAAUUGGCUGGGACAUAAUUAUGCAUUUGCUAAACAAAGGAUAUCACUUGAUCACUUGUAUAUUAAUAAUUUUUACAAAAGUACCCCACCUCUAAAAUUGCUGUACUGCUUUGAGACCGUGGCCUGUGGCACUAUACGGAAGAGUCGCACGGGUUUCCCAAAGGCUCUAGCAGAAAAAAAAAAAAUAAAAAGGGGAGAAACAACAGUUCUCUGCCAGGAUGAACUGGUGGCACUAAAGUACCGCGAUAAAAAGGAGGUGUUAAUCCUAACCACCAUCCAUGGCGAACGCACUCUCAAGGUUGCAGUUUGUGGCACAGAGGAAAUUAAAUGGGUGCCAAUCUGCAUAUCACAUUACAAUCAGCAUAUGGGGGGAGUGGACCUGUCCGAUCAACUGAUGCAGCCGUAUUUGAUCAUGUGAAACAGCAGGGCAUGGUAUAAAAAAGUGGGCAUAUAUAGAUCCGUUGCGGAUUAUGCCAUAGAAUUCCGCACGCUGGCGGCCGAGGUCGAUUGGACUAACAGUGGUUUGGUAAUAGCUUUCUCGGAAGGUCUCUCUGAGUCUUUAUUAGAUAAAACAGUAGCUAAGGAUCUUCCGGAUUUUCUGGAAGAUUAUAUAGUAUAUAUGAUGGAAAUUGAUAACCUCCUUAAGCAGAGGGCUAAAACUAAGACACGAACUCUCCAUACUCCUGUUCCCCCAGGUCCUCGUAUGACUCCAUCUGCUCCUGCAGUUGCCAUCGAAUUUGAACCUAUGCAACUGGGAGUGAUGAAGCUUACAGAAGCUGAGAAACAAUACCGUAGGCUGAGGGUUUAUGCGCGUAUUGUGGUAAAAAGGGGCAUCAUCGUCUUAAUUGCCCAAUACGUCCAGAAAACCUCUGCACCUAAGCACCAUUAGAGGACCGGCCUUUGGUGUUCGGAAAACGUCCUCUAUAUUGCCUCACAACAGAUUCCUCCUAUCAGUAGUUCUAUCUUGGGGUGCUCAUAACAUUCCUUGUAAGGCUCUUGUCGAUUCAGAAGCUGCAUGAAAGCUUUAUUGACAAGAAAUUUGUGAACGACCUUCUUGUCCCCCUGAGGGAGAGAUCCACACCUUUGGCCAUUUAGGCCAUAGAUGGUAGACCCCUCCUGACACCUCUUAUAACCCACAAGACCCUUCCGUUAUCCUUGUCCGUUGGAAUACUGCAUAGAGAAAAUAUAGCUCUACAGGUUAUUUCAACUCCUUUAUGUCCUGUCAUUUUAGAUUUCCCUGGUUGGUAAAACAUAAUCCGCUCUUAGAUUGGGUUAGGGUGAGAUUCAUUCAUGGGGUACUACCUGCAAAGACCAAGGAAUUAUUAGCUAUAAUCCUGCCUUUGAAAGAGUGGAGACAUUCAGUAGAAGGAGCUAAAGAAUUUGGCCUAUGUAAGUGAGGCUAAACAUCUCUCAUCUACACAGGCUAGACGGUCCUUGUUUCUUCCUCUUUUUAAUUUUAUCACAUAUAAGCCUGGUUGUCGUAAUACUAAGGCUGCUGCCUUAUCGAGACAGUUUGAAACCGACUCUGAUCAGGAUUUAGAAGUCGUUCCUAUCAUACCACCAGAACAUAUAGUGGCUACCACUAUAUUAACCAUGUCCUCCUCAUUGAUGGAAAUGGUACAUAAUGCUCAAACCCAGGCUCCUGACGACAAACCCAACGAUAAAUUGUUUGUGUCACCUACGGAGAGGACAGAAAUACUCUCCUUGUACCAUAAUACCAAGUCAGCCAGCCAACCAGGAAUUCUAAAAACCUUGUCCUCCAUAUCUAGACAGUUCUGGUGUCUAUCUGCACUAGUUAGCAAGCCAGCUCUACAUAAGGGAUAUCAUCAAUUUGCAUCAAGGUUUUGCAUGGUGAACUCAUUUUUAAUUCCCUUACAGGAUGCUGCAAGAAAUAGCUUCAGGUGACCUUCUCUCUCUAAAAGACACUCUAACCCUGUCAUCCUUGGUCCCCUGCAGAAUCCCCUGUCCCCACCACUCCCAAGGCCCUGGGGUCUGGCCCUUUCUUAAAUGUGACGUUUAAGCUUAAAGUCAUGGAGGCACCAUCUUCCCGGCCCCGAACAAGUUGGUCAUGCCCUACAGCGGCUCACGCCAGUAAUUUAGUAAUCAGCCUAUUUAAGUCAUGCAUAGCAUCACAGUGAGGCCUCUUUCUACAUACGGUAUUAGUUUCUCUCUAAGCCAUUUCAACUUUUAUCAUAUGCAAUUCUAUUUAGUCCCCUAUAUAGCUAGGUUCACUACCGACUGUAUUAAAGUUAUGUCACUUAACUUUACUAAGUUACUAACUUACUUACUUUACGUUACUUGGGUAUGUACACUUGGUUAAACGACAUAUAAUUUAACUGGUAUAAACCUUCACUGUACACUUUAACGUCAAUCCUACAUAGGUUUUUUCCUGCAAAAUAGUUUUUUGCGUUAGAUUUAGUUUUUCGUUACGUAAGGUUUGUUGGUAUUGGUUUACUUCCAAUACAAUUUUAAGCAGGUUUACAAUACUGCCGAAAUUAUCUAAACACUUUUUUUACGUUCCAUGUUCUCGUUGACAUUGUUUUAAUUACCUUAAAUUUUCGUCUUCUCCAUUAUCACUACUCUCCCGGUUCUCCACCAUUCCUCUCUCUGUUAAAUUUUCCAUAUACAAGUUGCUCUUGCAAGGUUCAUCACUUGAUACGUACAUCACUUAUCCCAAAUUCACAUUAGUCCAACACUGGCCUGUGUAUCGGGCGAUUACCAUGCAACUAAUACGGUCUUGUUACAGGUUUACAAUUCAUACAUUCUAGAGUUUAAUCAUUAUUAGAAGAGGCUUGGCUCUUCAUACUUGACCCACCCUACGUAUACAUUCUACCAUUUCAAUCAAUUAUGUUUCCAUGCUCAUUUACGUUCUCUCUCUACGUUUUCUGUCUAAGAGGAAUCAAUUUCUCUUAUGUUGGCUAUGUUUGUACAGAAGUACCUCACUCGUUCUCCCUAAUCUUCACAGGUAUACUUUAAUCUUGUACAUUGCUCCUCUGUUUAUGAAUAUCAGAUUUACAUUUAUUACUCAUAUGUCACAGUCAGGCUUUUCCCUUACAGCCUAAUACGUGCACCUUUUUCUAUAACUAAGGGUAAGCGGAGUUACAUCCUUCCUUCCACUUUCCCAAUCUAUGCAUACUUCAUAGUAAUCUGUUUGUCCCAUCUCUGUAGGGUGUACUUUCCAGGUGUCUCUCUUAGAGACCAUCUUGGUUACCAAGUUAGGUAUGUUAACCAUUAGGGUCAAAUACGAUAUGUUUCAAACCCCGGUACGGGAAUAAUGAACUAACCUUCAGGGGAAGGGAUAACCCCGGGGAAGGGAUAACCUCAGAGCUGUCAUACUACCCCGAUCUCAAUUUCAACUAUGUUCAACUUGCACCCACCAUUACCACCAUCAACAUACAUCCGACAAAAACCCUGCAUUUAGAGAAGCUGAUUAUGAAUUUAUGUUACUCGCACACUCACUAUUCUAUCAUACUCAUUCUAUGAAUACAAACAACUUAUGUCAGGACUUUACAGUUUUAGUAGGUUAAGUUUGAGCGUCCCUCCGCAGGUAAUCCCUACAUUAAGACCACGAUGACCUUUCUACCAUUUACAAAUAACACAUAACAUCAUUAAUUCUUACCUUCCAGGAAAACUACAUCACUACAUUUCCCAAUCAUACUCCCUUUCUUUCCUCAUAUACCAUUACAACAAUCUCCUCAAACAUCACAGACCAUUCUCUUUCAUCCAUUAGACUACACAUAACCGAACAUAUAUAUAGGAGCCUACCCAAUUUAUCAGAUACCAAACCUUUCCAUAGUAAGAUAACAAGGUUAUCAAGUAACAAUUUACAUUGCCUUCCACAGUUUCUCGAGGCCCAGAGAAAUCACAGUGGUGCACCAUAUGAAGUCAACUCCAACCUCGUCAUACGCAUCGACCGCUACAUUCUCGCCCUUAAGAAUUUCCAUACUAACCUGAUCAACCAUCUAAGCACAUAUCACUAUUCCUGACAGGCAACAACUGGCCCCACAGUAAUACUAGAUACACGCAAUAGCUUACAUCUAACUCUGUUGCAGUCACUUCACAUCCUCCACUCUGCCCAGUCCUCAUUAUUACGAACAGACGGGUAUCCCUUGUAUUCAGUUCUUAGAUUCUGCUUCAUGAAUAGAGCUCAGGGAAUCGCUCAAGGUUAUCUUUGUAAGUAUGCUAAAAGAGUGUUUUCCACCGAUACCUUUUUGGCCCUCUUAAUACAGGCCUACCCGUAUAUUGGUUUCGGCACAACACAACCAACUUUCUCUCUUUCCUCUAUUCCCUAUAUGAAUUAAGUUUAAUGACAUUAAAUUGUUUUUCUUUUUUUAACGUAUAUUUAUUAAUAUAUGUACAAUAUAUUAUAAGUUAAUUAAAACACCUGAUUAGCAUUUUAUUCAUAUAUAAUACUAUAUAAUUUAAUUUUAAAUGUGUUUUGGUAUUAAUAUAUUAAUAUAUAGAUUAAUACCAAAAUACAGUAAGAAUUAAAUUAUACAUGUAUUAAUAUUAUGUAUACUAUGCUAAUCAGAUGUUUUAAUAACUUAUAAUAUAUUAUACAUGUAUAAUACAUGUAUAAUAUAUUAUUUGAAUGUUUGAUUGUAACUUUAUAUUUUGCAGACACUAGGGGGACUGCCUGAACACUCAGACAGUCCCUCUGCAGGCAGUCUCAAACUGCUUUGCGGCCAUGUGAUUGCGACAUUGGCCGCAAAUGAAAUGAAAGCAGGGCGACUGCCUGUCUCAAGAGGCAGUCCCCCCGGACCAGGAUCACUGGUCUAAUUAAGUGUGCAGGGACAAGAGAGCUAACAAUCGCUAGGGUGUACUAUGCCGCCCUAACAGCGUUUAGGCUAACUAAAUGUGGGGUGGCAUAGUACAUCCUAACGGGUUAAUGAAGGCUCAAUUCUUUGCCAUUUAGAUCACUGUGUUUAUACAGCUCUAGUCACACCUUCCUGCAUGUGACUUGCACAGUCUUUCUAAACACUUUCUGAAAAGGAACCUAGAUAUUUUAGGUUCCUGUAUUGCACAGUCUGUUUAAUCUAGACAUUUUUUAUCUCCUGUUCUUUUAAUAGCCUGUGUAUUGGGUGCUGGGAUGGUGGGCAGGGUGUGAGGGGCAUCUAAUUAACGCUAGAGGAAGGCUGGCCCCACUUCAAACACUGGGUACCUGCCUCAUUUAAUCAUGAAUAGGAAACAUAACAUAACAAAGGAAACUGCAGUAAUAAUGAAUAGAUCACAACACUUUAUCAUACACAUCUUAAAGCUGAUAGUUUACACAAAAAAGAUAAUCUUUUUAAUUUUUUUUAAAAGCAAAAAAAAAAAAACAACAACAAGCAAACAAACUGGUGGGCUGCUGCCCCAGCUGCCUCUAUGGAUGAGCCUCUACUGGCAGCUUUAGAACAAAUGCGUACUGUAUAACACAUUGGGAGUAACACAUUAGAUUAGCACAGUUUUUGAAGUUUUGGUGUAUAGAUCAUGUCCCUGCAGUCUCACUGCUUAAGUCUCUGCCAUUUAGGAGUAAAUCACAUUUGUUUUCGUUUAUACAACCCUGGCCACAUCUCCCCUGGCUGUGACUGACACAGUCUACAUGAAGAAAAUAGUUUCACAUGAGGCUCCUGCAGACUCUAGCAGGUUGUUGACAGAGCAGUGGAUGAGAGAUUCGAAAUUAAACUGACUGCGCGAUAAAGGAAGUUUACAUCUCUUAUUACAGGAAAUGUGCAUGUCACACAGUGAUUGAACUACUAAACAGCAGAGAAUUGAGCUACAAGACUGUAGAGGCAUGAUCUAUCUACCAAAUCCACUUCAUUAUGCUGAAGUUGUUGUGUUGUUUAUAGUGUUUCUUUAAUACCAUAUGAGCACUAAUCUAAUUUGUGACUCCCACUCUCUCACUAUACAUUACUAAAUCAUUAUAUAUAAUUAUCGUAUAUAUCUAGAGAUUCUUUGUAACUGAUCGAACUUGGCUUCUAGCCUACCAAGUGUAAAAACGGUAAAACAAAAAUCACAAAAAAUAAUCAGAGAAUAAAGUAAAAUAUACACCUGUUUGCAGCUCUCCAAAUAAUGCCUCUUUCCACUACGUUCAUCAGUAACAGAGAAAACUAAAUUAAGGCACAGGUAUGAGGAGUAUAAAUGUGUGAUUUUCCUCUUUUCGUGCUUGCUAUAAGGCUACAAGGAGUUGAAAAACUCUGUAAAAAGUAAGAAAUUGUAUUCAGUAAAGAUACAAAAAUAUUUUAUCACUGAAACACACUCACACUUUUAAAAACACUCUUACAAGCAUGUAUGUUUUGCCAAUAUGCCUGUCAUUACGCAGGAAACAUAAAUAGCUUUGCCACUUGUUGUACUUGAUGCCACUUUUGUCAUUUUUCUCUGUUCUAGCCCAUUAGGGCCUUCCAUUUACUCUAACAUUGCUGUAUGCUGUAUCAUUGCAUUUAGUUUCUCCCGAAUGAAGAAGGAAUGAAAGAAGUUGACGAUUUAAUCAUAAAGAGCGGAAAGUCCUGCAAAGUCUGGAUGGGUCCCAUGAUAAGUAUAAUAGCUCUGGUCCAUCCAGAAACCAUCAAACCUAUGCUUGCAGCCUCAGGUACAGUAACUGAGCUUUCUUUUAAAAUAAAAAAGUUAUGAACAAUAGUUUUAUAGUUUUUAAUGUUAAUACAAUUUGUACUUGCUUAUGUAUUUUUGUUUAAGGAUCAAUAAACCAUUUUCUUUACUACACAUUCAGCAAAUAAGUUUAUAUAUAUUAAAAAAAAAUUAUAAGAUACAAUACAAAAUGCAACACAAUGCUAUUACUCAGUCAUUGUUAUUCCCACUUGGGUGGUGCAGGUAAAUGGGGAAACAAUAAAGUAUGGAAGAAAUAGCAAAAAAUAGAUAUUUAGAAAAACUAACAUGAUCCUAUUUUCACUUUAACUUGUGAAAUCAAUUUUAUAUGAAUUAUAUCAUGAUAUCCAAACUAUAAUAUUAAAUACAUAAUAAAAACAAAGAAAAACGUUUCCUGCGCUCUGGCCUAGAUCCCCAUGUGCAUUUGAACAAAAAUGGAGGCUCUUUAGUUCUAUUCUAAAUGGCCAUUUGAAUAUAUAAGCUCACCAGCCACGUCAAGGCAAGCCUCAAUAGGUGAGUUCCUACACUUUCUGUCUCACUUUGUCUGAUAUCAGCAAAGUUUAUUGUAUGUGCAGAAGCCCUAUAAAGGGUUAAAUGUGAAAGGGUUUAUAAAAUACCCCUUCCUGUCUUAUUGGAGACUCUUGGCUGAUAUCAGCGUAUCUAAUGGCUAGUGUAGGAACUCACCUAUUGAGGCUUGCCUUGACGUGGCUGGUGAGCUUAUAUAUUCAAAUGGCCAUUUAGAAUAGAACUAAAAAGCCUCCAUUUUUGUUCAAAUGCACAUGGGGAUCUAGGCCAGAGCGCAGGUAACGUUUUUCUUUGUUUUUAUUAUGUAUUUUAAGCUGUUGGAUACUAAGCCACUUCUGCUGUAAGCGCGGUGCUUUAUCUUUGUGUUUGUAUAUAAUAUUAAAUACACUGAUAUGAUAACAUACAAUUAGGGAUUAUUCUAGCCUCGGUGAGGGAAUAAUCUAAAUUUUAUUAAAGACAGGAGGCGAAUAUUUGCUUUACCUUCUUUACUGAAACCUCCAGCAGCAAAGAAACAGUUAACAGAACUUUUCAAAACAACCAAUCAGAACAAAGCAACAGUAGUAUAAAACCCCUAAGCAGGCUCUUCCACUUCCUCUUUCUUUGAUGAGGUCGAGCAGGAGAGCAAGGAAACCAACGAAUCCACCUUGUAGCAGACACAUCCAGAGAAACAAUCGUCAAGCCCAGAGAGAGAACAGAUUACACUGCAAGAAAACAGAAAACAUUGUGAAAGUAAACUGUCAAGGCAAGAUGUCAUAUCCAUACAAUAUCACUUUCACAUCAUAAUACCUGAUGAAUAAACAAAGUCUACAGAUCUUAUGAAGACCUAGUAUGUACCUAAGCUAAAAUGGCAUUGACGAAACAUAAUUACAAACACAAACAUGAUGAAUAAAACGCACACGGACAACCAUCACUGAAUAUUAGAAAUAACCUUUAUUAUGUAAAACCAUGCAUUCACAAAACAUAACGAUAUCCCCAAUUAUUUAUAAUAAAAUAAAACCCAGAUCCAGGGAGGGAACGUAAAAAAGGGGGGGAAAUAUUCGCCUCCUGUCUUUAAUAAAAUUUAGAUUAUUCCCUCACCGAGGCUAGAAUAAUCCCUAAUUUUAUGGCAGGACAGGAGGCUUCAUAUUUGCAAUUUUAACGCCCAAAUAGUAGAACCAGAAGCAAUAUGAGAGAGGACUGAAAUAAAGGAGAAUGGAAAAACUGAUUCCCUAAACCAAGCAGCGGUGUAGAGAAAAGGCAGAAGGGACCCAACGGCUUCCAAAAUUGUUGAGGUGACACCACCCCGAACCAAAAGUGUCCCAGAGGAACUCAAGGUCAGUCAAUGAGAGGAUCCACCAAAUCCAACGGGCGAGCGAAGAUGCAGAAACAGUCCAAAACGGCCGUACGCAGAAAUAAACAGCUGUCCAUGAGUAGACGGACGAAAGAACCAGAUCCUGGAUCUACAUGGUCGUGUACAAUCUGUCAGAGCCAUGGCCUAUCCGGAGAAUAGGGGUACGACACAGAGGACGAAUAAAAAUGAAAUAUGUGUGGAGCAGAAGCCGAUGUACUGAACGGCAAGAAGGAAGAAGACACGUCGAUACCAUGACGUCAGAACACGAUGAAAUAGAAGAUGUACUGGGGGGAAACCGUAAGCGGAAAAAAAUGGUGCACCUUGUCAUCAGGUCAUUCCUCAAUGAAAUGCAGAACAUACGAUACCACUAGACUUGAGGAAUAGUGAGAGAUAGGGCUCCCGUACAGUAUACUCCUCUUGGUAGACUGCAGACCAAGAGAUCCUUAGCAAUGCCAGAAUCUUGAGAAAAUGCACAUGAGUCGUCCACUAGCUGACAUAGGACGUGAAUGGCCCCAUACGAUUCUACCCUGAGAGGGCAACUCAGCCAGACAAUGGGGACAGCCAUGAUAAGGACCGCCAUUGGGACCCAAACACCAGUCGUGGCAGGCUACCCCUGUGGAUCCCACAUGGGACAUUAAGAGACAGGGAGUCGUAGAUUGCCUUCCCAUGGCAAACUCCAGCAAAAAGGGGAAAGCACGCAGGACUCCUCCGAAGUGGUUUGGCCAGGCGAAACGACACACCAGGAAUUCGGCCUGAAGCAAAACCCAAAGUAUCCUGUAGGUAAACGGGAUGCGUACGCCCCGAAGGAGACCAAGCUUGGAAAACUCGUCCCUCGCCUCGCUGAGGGAGAACCGCUCCGUAUGGCGGUUUGCACCGAAUGUAAUCAUGCCAGUACUCGAGACCCUGGAGGGUGAGGCAACCAAUCAUUUGGGUCUCUCCAUGGUCGGGUGAAGCCGUCCGCCACACGAGUGUCUCGUCCCGUAUACAUUCUGUCACAAAUGACGAAUACUUGUCCAGAAGCUAUAGAUAGCGAUCCUAUGUGAGAUCCGACUGCAGUCCGUAGUGGGCAACCGGUGAGAAGUCCAUGCCAGAAGGUAGCGAGCAAUACUGUGAAUGUUGAACAAACCUGCAGGUGGUUCCAUGCAGUUGGCGUAAAGGAGUCCCUCCUCCGGAGUCAUCAAUUAAGUUUUAGAUGAGCUUCAUCCGAAGGUCACAUGAUUUGGUCAUACCAGGCCGAAGACCCGAGAAAGCGCCAUGUUGGAGCGGCUGAUAGUACCGGAUCCUGGAGAUAUGGCUUCCAUGGCGAAUAGGCACCGGUCAAUUAACCGGUUUGGGCCCCUAAGUGUAACCCCGCGGGUUGCGGAGCAUAUACCUGGUAUUUUCCUUGAAGAUGGACAUCUUGGUCCUCGGGAGGCGGAGCACCGCCUGGACCGAAUAUUCCAUGAAAGACCGGAAACUGGGUUGACUGGGAGUGAGUCAGAUUCAAUAUGUCCAUGCUGAUGGCAAAAUCCAUGCGGGUUUCUCUCAUGUGUAUUUGAGGGAGAGAACCAAUCGUCAACGCCAAGCAGCUCUCAGAGGGGAUGAGUGCCCUCCGUCUCAAAAUGUGUCAACAGACGACAUAUGCACUGGGAGCAUGUAGCGUGGGGAUGGGGCGGGAGUCCACUCCACCGCACCCUUUGCCCAGCAGGGCAACUGCGGAAUUAGUCGGAAUGGAUGCCUCUUUUGGUCAUGCGUAUCGCUCAUGGAACGGUCCAAGGUUCCGCAACCUUGAUCUGGAGUCCAGGCACGGUCCGAGAGACCUCUGGGGUUAGUUAAGGGGGAACCCUAUGAAUAGAGACGUGUCAGCUCAAUUUGUACACUAGGGUAACUCCGGAGAGCAGACCCAGCACUUGGAUGCUAAAUCCUUCAGUUUGAUGUCCAGCUUGGACAGGGGCCGUUUUGCGGUUCUCAGGGGUAGAAACCAACUAGGCGAUACCUAUAAGACAUAUCGGUCCAUUCCCAGUGGGAACUUAGUCUUCUCCGCUUUCCAAGCGGUAAUGCGCCGUUCGUCCCGAGGAAACAUCUGUGUCCGCGUGUCACCGACAUCCACUGGUUAGUCCCAGAUAGAGUGCAAACCCCGUGUCAGGUGUUUGCGGUGUCCUUUCCGGACUCCAUCAUGAAGACUGAUCCUCUUGAUGAAUCCACCCGUUAGCCAACGAGUACCAGGGGUGCUUGGUGUAGCGUCUAAGAUGGCCGGUGGAGUGUCCCCGUAGGGUACCGAUGGUUUCUGGCGGUGAGGUCAGCGGGGCGGCAAGAGGACAGGCCAAGUGACCUUCUGGGUACGGGAGAUUUGUCCUGCAGCCGUGAUUGCACAACUGCCAUAGAGGUAACACUGUCGGAAUGAUACCUUGUGCGGCCAGCUGGGGGUCACCCAGCGUGCAAGAGGGGGUCACCCAACAAGCACAAGCAUACCAUGCAGUAUAGGCCAGCAGGGGAGGGGGUCACCCUCAGUCUGAACAUAAAUCGGACACUGUAGGUACAGUAGUGCCAUAGUGGUUAGCCGUAUAAUAAAGUAACCAGACAUUGCCGGUCCAGCAGUGUAGACAGCAGGAGGGGGUCACCCUCAUAUAACCAGAACCGGGCAUUGCAGAUCCAGCAGUGCUGUAGGUAAGAGGGGGUCACCCUCAGUGUGUUAUCAUAGAGGUCUGUACACCCAGCAGUAUAGUCAGCGAGAGGGGGUCACCCUCAUUAUGCUUAUAACGGGACCCUGUAGGUCCAGCAGAGUAGUCCACAGGAGGGGGUCACCCUCAGUAUCUGCGUAUUGCCGGGCACUGUAAGAACAGAAGCUCAAUCAGUGGGAGGGGUACCCUCUUUUAUGGGAAUACCCGGACGCUGCAGGUCCAGCAGUGCAGACUGCAGGAGGGGUACCCCCUCGGUAUGAUAAUAGCAGGACAUUGCCGGAGCAUUAAUAUAGGAAGCAGGAGGGGGUCACCCUCAGCAUUAAUCUUACAGGACGCCAUAGAGCCAGCAGGGUACUCAUAGGUAGCCAUGUUGCCAGAGGGAGGGGGUCACCCAGCCCACAAUGGUGUCACACGUCCAUUAUUAUGGUCCAGUAGCGGGUAGAGCCCCAGAAAUAUGGAUGGGGGGGUUCACCCCCCCAGUAAUAACAGGUCUGAAUGUGGGGCCAGUAGCCCCCCUGAGGGGUAGGAGGGUCCAUAAAGCGAGAAGCUGACUCACAGACCACUCAGGUAUUAUAUUAGGAUACACUUUUGAAGUGUAUGUGUAGUGGAAAAUGUAAGUCCUUUGCAGGAAGGGCAGCAAAUCCUAGGCAGGGAUGCUAGGUGCUGAAAAACAGGCCAUUAAAUUUUUAUGAGAAAAAGACUGAACCUUAGAGAAAGACUUGAUUAGCAUAUAACACAUGUGGCAUAGUCUUGUUAAACAAAGAUUUAUAUUUGAGCAGUAACAUGUCCCUUUAAAUCUGAGAUUCACAUGUAAUAGUAAAAAAGAUAAGAUAGUCACAUUGCAUCAGACAUAGUAAGCUGCAGUUGUGAGCAUGCCUGGGACAGAUCCUGCUAUCCAGGAUCUGUUACAUAUGCAGCAUGUGAGACAGGCACAGUAAGUAGAGGGAUAGCUGAAAAACUGGGCUAUCUCCCCUGAUAUAGGGAGAGGGGAGGGUGGCCACAUGGCCAGCAGGCCAGUUCUUGGGUGAGACCUGGCUGUUUGCAACACACAGAGUCCAUGUGGCUCUGAAAAAUGGCCGCUGCGGCUCCAACAAAAUGGCUGCUGUGGCUGCAAAAACAGAGCGCGGCCUACCGCGUGGUGAUCGUGCCACGGUAGAAAAAAGCUGCUCAGUAAGCGGCCAGGGGCCACGGGGAGCAGGUGGGCAAUAAGGGAGAAGGGUAUGGGCGACAGAGCCCAGCAGGGGAACCCGGGGAGGGGGAACAGAUUACAGGCAGAGCCAAAGCAUCAUAGCAGGGGCACCCAUUCCCCAUACAGCAGAGUGAGAAAACAGAAUAAAGUAACCCAGAAUAACAAUAAAUCAAUGAGCAGUAUACAGAAUCUGUCAGAUAAAUGGCCUAAAUACAGCAACAGAUGUUAACAAGUGAUACAGCAGCUACAUAGCAUGAAGUGGUAUAGGAAAUAACACAAAAUAAACUGCCUAGCUAAACACAGCAAUAGACUGCCUAGAUAAAUCCAGCAAUAGACUGCCUAGCUAAACACAGCAAUAGACUGCCUAGCUAAACACAGCAAUAGACUGCCUAGAUAAACACAGCAAUAGACUGCCUAAAUAAAACUAGCAAUUAAGCUGCUUAAACAAACCUAACAAAUAGACUGAUUAAAUAGACUGUUUGAAUAAACAAGCAGCAUGUAGAAUAAAACAACAACCAAGAGCAGAGACAACUCUGAGUUGGUGAGUGCUCACCUGGAGGCAGCAGCAAAGAAAGAGGAAGUGGAAGAGCCUGCUUAUGGGUUUUAUACUACUGUUGCUUUGUUCUGAUUGGUUGUUUUGAAAAGUUCUGUUAACUGUUUCUUUGCUGCUGGAGGUUUCAGUAAAGAAGGUAAAGCAAAUAUGAAGCCUCCUGUCCUGCCAUAAAAUUAAAAUUGUCUAAAAAUAUAUGCACAAUAAACACACAUGCUCUGUACACAAUAUUGCAUUUACACAAUAAUAAAUACAAAUCCUCGAGACAAAUUUACAGUUAAUGUCAGGGAUCCCAAGUUGGAUUCUCAUAGAACUCACUUGGUGGGCAGUGCCUUUCCAUUGUGGUCCAGUCUCCACUAUGACUCAUGCAUCAACUCAGUGUUGGACAUAAGCAGCAUUCUGAUGAUCAUCUAUCCUCUUUCCAGUGCAUUAGAGAUCAGAGCAAGUGAGAAAUUGAGUGACACCACCUAAAAUAUUUCAGACCAGAUCACUAACUGUCUCCCCAGACUUAAGCAGAAUAACAUCCCUCGAUAUCAGAGUCCCCAGAGAGGAGUCCCUUUACAGCAUGGGACCCCAUAGUACCAGCUUCUGGUACCACUGGAGAGUGGCCAAGGUCUUUAUGAUCUGGGCGCAGAUGGUAAGUACUUCAAUUCCAGAACUUUUUGCCAUAGGUACAUCAACAGGAGUGGAGUUUGUGGCUUGCAUUGCCUUCUCUAACAUUUUUGCGGACUUUAGUACCAUAUGAGGCAUAGGUACAAUCCGAAGGUAGGUCUUCUUUGAGCAAACAGGAAUGGUACUGGCUUUAAAUGGAGUGUUUUCAGGACUAGGUCAGAUGUCUUUGGAGCAAGAGGUGGAGAUUUUACCAGGGAGGACAAGCACAGACAGGCAUGACGGCAUCUUUGAGUCUUACAAGAUGACAUGCAGAGCUUAUUGGACGAAGAAAGGUAGUAGCCAGUCGGAGAGCAGGAAGCAAACAGGGCAAUAAGAGAUGAAGUGUCUCCUUUCUCCAAAGUAAAAACAGAGGCAAUGGCUACUCCUCCGGUCUCUUUCUUCAUGCAUCACUUUGAUCUGGACGAGUCUUAUUUCCAUAGGUUCCUCGGCGUCAAGAGGAACAUUGGAUACCUCUGGAGUCUUCCUAUGAACCGUAUCAUAAGGAGGCAACAAGGAGGUGUGGUGUUGGUACUUGGUCUCCCUGUCUCUGGGAAUCUGGGAUCCUCUGGAAUGUGGAGCAGGCCUUGGCACAGUAGUUUUACUAGAAGUCUUGCACUGCUAAUCCAUAGCAGUCAUGAAAGACCCCCAACUGUCGAGUACAGGAAUCUUAGCCUGCAACAUCUGGUGUGCCCAUGUUUUAAUCCGUCCAGACAACAGGUUGAUAGUCGAUCGGACCAUGAUGAAGUCGUGGCAUAUGUCCGAGGCUUUAUGGUGAAUAACAACUCACAAUCCACCUUAAAGUACUGGAAGGAUGUACAGCUACAGUCGGAUCUCUCUGUCAUAACAACAUAUGGCAAAGAAUAAGCAGGUUCCAGGGCUGAGCGUACUGUGCCUUUAAGAAAUUGAACUUCUCGCUACAGCUUCGAAACAGUCUGGGCCAGGCUGGACACUCGCUGGGUAAACAACUUGCACAUCUCUGCAGACUCCAUGAAUGUCAGUUUGUUAUGUCACGGUCUUACCUUGGUUGGAGUCCGAAGUGCAGAGAUGUAUGUUCACCUUUGCAGAUAAACACAACCCACGGUAACCAUGUAAGAAGCUACCUGAAUAUAUGCAUGGGGGCUUAGACAGGAACAAUAACCAGAUAUGAGGAAACAGACAAGGGCCAGGAGAGUAGUCAGGCAUGGUUUCAAAGGUGAGGGCAAGCAGCAAACUGGCAAAAAUUAAGAUUCUACAAGCAGGAGUCACAAGCCAAGUCAGUUUUAGGCAACAGGAAACAACAAACUGACCCUGCCCUCAGGGAGAGUCAGUGUUAUAUACCUGGAAUAAUGAUCAAUCUGCCUCAGGUGGACUUAGAUUGACAGGUAGAAGUGUAAAUAUUAGCUAGCUUUAUGUGCUUGGUAAGGAGAAACUGCUCAUGCAAAAAUCCAGAGGUGGAUCCAUAACUCCUUCAAAUGUUGCAAAAAAUUAAUGCAACAAAAGGAGCUGUAUGUUAGCAAAGUAACACACGAACUGGACAAAUAUAAAGAUACCCUGCUGAAAAUAUUUUUAAGUUGUAAAUUUGAUGGUUCGAAAUAUUGGGUCUUUAUAUAUAGUUGAACUAAUGAGCUUAAUUAGAUACUGGUAUCCUGAAAGAGAAUAAAAUAGUGGUGAAUGUAGUGAAGAUCCGCUAUCUCAGAACACUCAAUCUAAAAAGAUAACAUAUCAUGUAUGGGUAAGGCCAGUUCUAAGAACACUAAGUAUUGGUCCAUGCAUUCUUUAAACAGCUGUAAUCUAGCAUGAAAUGUAGUAAAAUAAUAAAAAAACUGAACGUUCAGUGCAUCGACACAUUAUAGUGAUAAUUCAGUGAAUGUUCUGAUCUGCUCCAUUAAGUAGAUUCACUAGUCCACCCUGAGAAAAGCUAAUACACCAUUAGACAACUCGUAAAGUACAAACAAAAUCUAAAAAUUCCCUAUUAGCAAAACUGCCAGCUGUCAUAAACAAUUAUCUGCCUAAAUUUGUACAUAUAAUUUUGUACAUAACUAUAAACAGCAAAUAUCCUAGCUGAGCUAAUAGAGACAAAGGCAGGCCUAAACAAGCUUAACUAUACACAUACAUGUCUAAAAGUGAACACUAAGGCAUAGUAAUUAGCUCUCGCAAAAAAUCCAUGGACCACAUACCGUGUCUCAUAGUGCUCGAUUACCCUAAAUUAAAAAAAUAAAGAAAAGGUCCAAAAGUGCGUUUCUGUGCCUCAUGGCAUCUUCAUCAGAGACCAUACAAAGAAACAAAUGUACGCCCUCAAAGGCGUUUGUAUUUAUUGAGGAGCUACGUUUGUAUCUUUGUCUUGCCACCUGAGAGAAUCAGCCUGAUCGCAACAGCCAUCACUUAGGAUAGUUGGGGGAUUUGACAAAACUUUACAGUGGAAGCUCCACCUUUUGUCAAGUUUUGACUACUACAGGCUUUUCCAUAAUACAAAGUAGACCCUACUUUUAUCUUAUGAUAUCUUUUGACUAUGUUGGAAUUUAAAAAAAAAUCAAAAUGUUUGGAGAGGUCUCAACUGUCAUAACUCUUGGUCAAAGAUAGUUACUGCAUGAAGUUGAUUAAAUUAUGAAAUCUGUGUCAAAAUACAGGGUGGCAAGCCUACUUUAGAUGAUAGAUGUUAGAACCCUAAAAAACACUACUGGUGAUAUUUCAAGUUAGUGGGGUGCAAUACUGGGAACAUGGAUUUAACUCUGUCCCUAAAUGUUUUUAGUCAUGAAUAGGAACAUGUCUACAUGGCAGAACUACCUCCAAAAUCUGUGUUUGAUUCCAUAUGUAGGAAAUAAACCACGUGUACAUACUCUAAUUAAUGAGAGAAAUACAUAGGCUAUUUUGAGGUUAAACUUAUAUUACAAGUGUAAAACAAAGUUUAGCCUCUAGAUGCUGCCAAAGAAUUAUUUGUAGUUAAAAAAAAUUACUUUACAGGUACUCCUCACUUAUCGACCAUGUUCCGUUCCUACGACCCAGUUGUAGAACGAAUUGGUUGGUAAGUGAGGAGUAAAGGGAUUCCCUGCUCUGCUGCGUUCUUCUAUGUUCAGGGAAAUUUCCCAAAACAUAGAUGAACGCACCAGAGCAGGGAAUCCCUCUAAUCCAUGUUUGGGCAAAUUUCCCGGAACAAAGAUUUAAAGGGACACUCCAGACACCCAGACCACUACAGCUCAUUGGAGUGGUCUAAGAGCCUUGCCACUCUCCCCUUAGCCCUGUUAGUCAAAACACUGCGGUUUUAGAGAAACCGCAGUGUUUUGAUUACAGGACUAAUCCCACCUCUAGCUGCUGUCUCUAGAUGGUGCUUCUGGCUUUUUAGAACACUAAAAGUGUUUUAAAUGACGCUGGAUGUCCUCACGCUAUGCAUGAGGACCUCCAGCAUCGCCAGAAUCCCUAUAGGAAAGCGUAGCUAUACACAUACAUGUCUAAAAGUGAACACUAAGGCAUAGUAAUUAGCUGUCGCAAAGAAUCCAUGGACCACAUACCGUGUCUCAUAGUACUCGAUUACCCUAAAUUAAAAAAAUAAAGAGAGCUGGUCAUAAGUGCGAGCCAUCGUAAAACAGGUAGGUCGCAAAACAAGGACCACCUGUAUUACAGAAUAUCAUAUAUAUAUAUAUAUAUAUAUAUAUAUAUAUAUACACAUAUAGAUAUACACAUAUAUAUAUAUAUACACAUAUAUAUAUAUAUAUAUAUAUAUAUAUAUACACAGUUGCAAGAAAAAGUAUGUGAACCCUUUGGAAUGAUAUGGAUUUCUGGUCAUAAAAUGUGAUCUGAUCAUCAUCUAAGUCACAACAAUAGACAAUCACAGUCUGCUUAAACUAAUAACACACAAAGAAUGAAAUGUUGCCAUGUUUUUAUUGAACACACCAUGUAAACAUUCACAGUGCAGGUGGAAAAAGUAUGUGAACCCCUAGACUAAUGACAUCUCCAAGAGCUAAUUGGAGUGAGAUGUUAGUCAACUGGUGUCCAAUCAUUGAGAUGAGAUUGGAGGUGUUGGUUACAGCUGCCCUGCCCUAUAAAAAACACACACCAGUUCUGGGUUUGCAUUUCACAAGAAGCAUUGCCUGAUAUGAAUGAUGCCUCGCACAAAAGAACUCUCAGAAGACCUACGAUUAAGCAUUGUUGACGUGCAUAAACUUGGGAAGGGUUAUAAAAGUAUCUCCAAAAGCCUUGCUGUUCAUCAGUCCACAUUAAGACAAAUUGUCUAUAAAUGGAAAAAGUUCAGCACUGCUGCUACUCUCCCUAGGAGUGGCCGUCCUGUAAAGAUGACUGCAAGAGCACAGCGCAGACUGCUCAAUGAGGUGAAGAAGAAUCCUAGAGUGUCAGCUAAAGACUUACAAAAGUCCCUGUUAGCGAAUCUACAAUACGUAAAACACUAAACAAGAAUGGAUUUCAUGGGAGGAUACCACAGAGGAAGCCACUGCUGUCUAAACAAAACAUUGCUGCACGUUUACAGUUUGCACAAGAGCACCUGGAUGUUCCACAGCAGUACUGGCAAAAUAUUCUGUGGACAGAUAAAACCAAAGUUGAGUUGUUUGGAAGAAACACACAACACUAUGUGUGGCGAAAAAAGGCAUAGCAGACCAACAUCAAAACCUCAUCCCAACUGUGAAGUAUGGUGGUGGGGGCAUCAUGGUUUGGGGCUGCUUUGCCGCGUCAGGGCCUGGACGGAUUGCUAUCAUCGAAGGAAAAAUUAAUUCUCAAGUUUAUCAAGACAUUUUGCAGAAGAACUUAAGGCCAUCUGUCUACCAUCUGAAGCUCAACAGAAGAUGGGUGUCGCAACAGGACAAUGACCCAAAGCUUAGAAGUAAAUCAACAACAGAAUGGCUUAAACAGAAGAAAAUACGCCAUCUGAAGUGGCCCAGUCAGAGUCCUGACCUCAACCCGAUUGAGAUGCUAUUGCAUGACCUCAAGAAAGCGAUUCACACCAGACAUCCCAAGAAUAUUGCUGAACUGAAACAGUUCUGUAAAGAGGAAUGGUAAUAAGGGACACUGCAGUAAUAAUAAUUAAAAGAACAUAAUACAUUUUAUCUAACAGACACAUAUUAAAGGUGAAUGGGUACAUAAAAAAAAGCUCAAAACCUCAACAGAAAAAAAAAAUAAUUAUAUCGUUUUCAAUGUAUUUGACAAUGAGUUAGCGCACAAUCUUUUUUUAAAGCUCUCCAAUUGGAAAGUACAGAAAAAUAAGAAAUUAUAAUUAUAACCUAUUAACCUUAUAGAUGUAAUUUAUACAGAAUAUGUGCUCACACAAAAAUAUAUAGUUUUUGUUAUAUUGUUUUGUUGGAAAAAAAUUGGCUGGUGAAAAGGGAUGAUCCAGUACAUAACAACAAUUACAAUAUACCCAUUCCUGUUUUCCAGCCUCCAUUGCUCCUAAAGAUGAUCUAUUUUAUGGAUUUUUGAGGCCCUGGCUUGGUCAGUAUCUUAUGCUUUUUUGUAUUUUCUAACAUUUUCUGUAUUUAUCAAUCUCCUUACGCAAGGUCUUCUUCCUCUUCCGAAAACUAUUAUUGAUAACUUACAAUAAGUGUACCUAGCAAUUAUAAUGUUACGUGAAGAUAGCAUUAAAGGGGCACUCAUGCCUGGAAGUGACCCAUUCUUUGUAAUGUAUUGUACAGGGAGCACAUUAAAAUGCAAACACAACAAGUCCAGAAUAACAGAAAUAGAAUAGAAUAGAUUUUUUUUAAAAUAAUUUUUAUAGUUUCUAAUAUUUGUGCCAUUUAUCUACAACAGUGGUAUGCGAGUACAGGAGCCACCAAGAAAGAAGUAGUUUAAGUGGGAGGUGGUACAGAGAUAGAGUUAGAUGCAGAGGAAUGUUUCAACACUUUCUCUUUUUUUUUUAUAUGCAAAAACUAUACAAAAUUGGUCAUGCAAAAAAUACAGCUAAUUAUUUUUGAUACAUCUUUAAAAAUUAAUACAAAUUGCAUUGGUUCCUAGAGUGUCCGUUUAAAGUUUAAUGAAAAAAAUAAGUGUCAUCCCAAAUAUGACAAUGAAUAAUAUGAAAUUCAAUAAUUGAGUAAACUGUCUAGAAAGAAUUUUGGGCAUUUGCACCCAUUAAGUGAUACCAUAGGCAUGCAGACUUUAUCUCACUUAAGUGGUCUGGGUGCCAUGUCCCUUUAUUUUUGUUCCUGUGGUGUAAAACAUUGCCAUUCUUCAGAACAGCAAUGUUUACAUUGCAGAGUUUAAGUACCUCUAGUGGCUGUCACUCAGGCAGUCUCUAGAUGCGCUUCUGAGGAAAUAGCAGAGUAAUCCUCUGCUAUUUCUCUCAGAUGGUCUCAUAGUGCUGCAUUUUGCUACGUAUGAGUAUUAGCCUCCUAGUGAUUUCCUAAAGGAUGAAUUUAGCAAGGGACAACCACAGACAGGGUAAUUUGAUGUGGGUGCAAAGGUAACUAAACUUACAUUUUUACAAGGAGGGCAAAUAUCCCAAAUUUGUAAAUGUUUGUAUUCCUAAUGCUAUAGUGUUCCUUUAAGAAAAAUAAAGUUUUCUUACUACAAACAAAAAUUUAUGAAUAAAUUAAAUUUAUCUUAAUAUAUAUAUAUUGCAGUGUACUGUCAAGAGUAUUUUCCUGCCAUUUAGUUCACAGAUCAAGAGAGAAAUAGUAACCAUUAGUAUGAAAAAGAGGAGGAGUAAUGACAAAAAUAUAAAUAUUUAUUAAAUAUAUAAUAUAUAAGUAUGAAAAUAUAGAUUUUUUUUUUUUUACUGCUUCAGCUUUUUUCCCCUCUAUUGGUCACUUAUCAGUUGAUCUGUGAAUAAAACUUUUCCCAUCAAUCACAAGUGAAACUCAAAAAACUUUUUUAAACCCACAUAUUUGUCCAUUGCGUUAUUCAUUUGCUCGGGUAUAUGUCUGUAUGGAUUUUCGGAGAUACAGAAUUUGGCCAAACAGCCGAAUGCCCAAAAUUCUGACAAAUUGCAAUUUGGUUGAAACCAAAUUCGCAAGUGUAUUUAUUAUUCUAAGUUAGUUAUUUUAUAUUAUCCAUUGGAUGUUAUCCAUCCUUUGCAUGCAACAUUACACCUUAAUUCAAUUGAGGGCUCUGCAACACCAUUUUAAUUUGGGGGACUAUUUUUAUUUGUCCUUAUUUUAUUUUGGUCAUAACUAAUGGUGUCCACAUCAUUUAUCUGAUUAUACUACAAGCAAUGAAUUAUGUUAGAAGAAUAAGGCAGAAAAUAAUUUUACUUUGCCAUAGCUGUCAAACUAAUUUUCUUGCCUCUGCUAACCAAUGCUAGUUUAGCUAUUACCAUAGGAUAUAAUCCCUGCAUUUAUAGAACUCUCUGUAUCAGAUGUGUUAAUUAAAUGUUAUAUUGUAGGAGAUGGACUUUUACUCAGUCGAGGAGAGAAAUGGGGAAAGCAUCGUCGGCUGCUGACACCUGCUUUCCACUUUGAUAUUCUAAAGAACUAUGUUAAAAUCUUCAGCAAGUGUGCAGAUAUUAUGCAUGUACGUUGUACCUUUCAUAUUGUAUAGUGAAUGAUUGCUUCCCAUCCUAGCCAACACUAUAAGAAUGUUCUGUUAUAUGAAUAUAUAAUCCAAUCCUUGCUAUAAAACUUCAAGUUAAUUUCAUACGUUAAAGAAAAUGCAACCAAAGUGAACGAUCGAAAAAAAUCAAUCACUGAGGGUGUAUUGGUUGUAGGGUAUUUAGGGCAUAACCCAGAAUUGCAUAUAGAAAAAGAGAGAAGACUGAGAAAGGUGGACUAAGAGAAGUACUCCUAAAACAGUCUCUAUGCCCUUAAGUCAGAGAUGCUCCAUUAGAAUAAGGUAACAAAUUGCUGGUACUAGAGCAACAAAAAUUGAACUAAAACAAUUACAUUUUAAUAAACCCUCUUGAGGGGACAAUAUGUGCAUAUAACAAAUGUGAAACGUGAGUUUCGGCGCCCACGUGCGCCUUUUUCAAGAGCUACGGUCUUAGUACCAGCAAUUUGUUACCGUAUUCUAAUGGAGCAUCUCUGACUUAAGGGUAUAGAGCCUGUUUUAGGAGUACUUCUCUUAGUCCACCUUUCUCAGUCUUCUCUCUUUUUCUAAUUUCAUACGUUAGCUAUCAAUAAUUAUCUAGUCGUGGAAUAAAGAGCAAAUAUACGAUACUAUGCAUUAAAUAAACAGCAAGAUUGUUUUAAUAGCCCAUCCUUUAUUGAAAUUGAAAAUGUAUAGAUGGUGAUUUUUUUUUACACACCGUAGAGCACUUUUUUAUUGCAAAAAAACCUAGUCCAUUGCAGUCCAUACAAAAUGGCUAUUGCUAAUGUAGAAAUUGAACUUUAUGAUUAUGGUGCAUAGCAUUUUUUUUAAUAUAUUCUCCGGGACUUAAAGGGAUACUAGAGGCACCAAAACAACUUUAGCUUAAUGAAGCAGUUUUGGUGUAUAGAUCAUGCCUCUGCAGCCUCACCGCUCAAUUCUCUGCCGUUUAGGAGUUAAAUCACUUUGUUUAAGAAGCCUCGGCCACACUUCCGUACAUGUGACUUACAUAGCCUUCCUAAUCACUUCCUGUAUACAGUCAUCUAAUUUUUACACUUCCUUAACUGCACAUUCAGUUUCAUUUAGAAUGUCUUAUCUCCUAAUCUGCUUAUGACCUGCUAGAUCCCGCAGGAGCCUCCUGUGUAAGACUCUAGUUUAAUUUACAGAAUUAAGAGUAAUUUAAAUUAACAUCUGGUUAAAUAUGAAACCUUUUUCAUGCCGUCUGUACCCAUCACAGCCAGGGGAGGUGUGGGUAUGGCUGCGUGAACAGAAACAAACGUGAUUUAACUCCUAAAUGACAGAUAACUGAGCAGUGAGACUACAUGGGCAUGAUCUAUGCACUGUGAUAAGGUGAAUGGGGUGGUCUGUGAGGGAGUCUAUAUCUCGACAGAAUUGUUCAGAGAGGCAUAUGAUUUUUAACCCCAGGGGGAGUUUAUGUUUCUGUGUAUGUAACCAGAAUUAAUAUUUAGUUAUGGGCCCCUGGGGUGGAGCAUUUGGAGAGCAGGGUGGGCCAGUGCUCCACUCCGCAGUUUAGCGGUUUUCUUGGAAGACAUAGAUCCAGCCCAGGGUUUUGGACUGUCUCCAACCUACUGCUCAGAUGCAGGUAAUCGGCUGCAGCAGUGGGAAUAAAUCCCUCCCUGCUAGGCAGGUAGGAAGAGAAUGUUUUGUUUCUCUCUGAAAGGCUGGAAGCAGCAGGCUGGCUAAAUACUGGAGUGCUGAGAGUGGACAAAGACUCUAGGUUGGUGAAACCACAUUGUUUUGUUUAGUUUAACCCUGAGAGAUAGGGAACCUAAUGUCAGUUAGUGCUCAGACGAGCUAGGUUUUUGUUUAUAAGGUUUUGUGUUACAUUUAUGUUUUUCAUUUACUGCUGUAUCCUGUGUGGAUUUAAAAAUAAAGUGCCUGGAGUAUAUGCAAUUACAAGGACUGUGCAUGUUUUUGCCCUAGAGGACCGUGCUACCUGCCGACAAGGAUCACAGCACCAAAACUGAUUUAUUAAGCCAAAGUUGUUUUGAUGCCUAUAGUGUACCUUUAAAAGUGUGACUUAUCUUAACAUAUUCUUCCUGGUAAACUAAACAAUACAUACACAAGAAAAUUAAUACAUGGACAGUUGUGAAGCUCGUACUUAGUGACUCUCAAAUUAUGGCAAACAAAUGUCUGUAAUUUGAAAGUAACUAAAGUUAUUAUCAAAAUAGUAACAAUAAGUAGAAAAUCGAACUUGCUUUACCAUUGUUGAGUUUUGUCACCGCAACUAUGUGACAAUAUGAGCAAGAAGGGCAAAUAGUCAUACAAUCAGGGCUGAAAAUUGCCACUUGUUCACUAGGCACUGGAGACUGAAAUUGCAGCCCUGGCAAGUAGAAUCUCACCUCUGGUGAGUGUGCCAUGGACCUUGAUAAAGCAUGAUAAUGGCAUAGAUAGGUUGUUUAUGUAUUUGUUGUGUUGCAAUGCAAGAGUUGCAAAUAUUCUACUUUAUUUUACCUUAAAGAACAGAGGUUUGUUAUGUAUCCAAGGUUGCUGAAAUAAGAAGAUACUCGAUAGGCCUCAUCGUCUGUUUAGUGUGAAGAAAUAACAUUGCACAGCCUUCUCUUUUUUUUUUAGGUAUAGGCUGUAAGUUAUGGCGUAUAAAAAGUUUUCCUGUGUUCAUAUUCAGAGAGAAAUGAUAUACAUCCAUGAUGACAAUCUCACAUGAACAGCUCAGCCAGUGGUUCCCAACCUUUUUAAGUUCAAGGCGCCCUUAAUAAGUCAAUAUUUUUCCAAGUCAAAACUAUUUUCUAGGUUGUAAAUAUGUACAGUGCGCGGCAUAUACUGUGCCCCUGUGUGUGUGAGGGAUACAGUGUGUGUGAGGGGUACAGUUUGUGUAUGGAAGGGUAAUGUGUGUGUGUGUGUGUGUAUGGGGGGGGUAAUGUAUGUAUGGGGGGGCAGUGUAUGUAUGGGGUGGAGGAGUUAUUGUGUCUCUGUGGGGGUAGAAGGGCAAAUUAAUAAUAUGAGCAUAACACCGGGAAAAUAUCUUGUGGUGCCCCUGUGUGCACGUCUCAGCGCCCCAGGGCUGCACACAGUUUGGGAACCGCUGAGCUAAGCAAUAACAUAUAACCAUAAUGCAAUAAUCAAUAAUUAACUAUGCUAUCUGCUUCUGCACCAACUUUGUCAUUUUUACAAGAUAUCAAAUAUUGCUUCUUAACAAGAGUAAAACCCUCUGAACAAAUCAGAAAGAUUCUGUGAAUUAUCUGCAACAAACCAUUCCAUCUUUCAGAGGCAAAUAACAUGUUUUUAAAAGCAGAAUUACACUCAUUAUCUAUUUUCAAUCCAUUUGUUUAUUUCUGUAAAAAACUGUAGCAUUCAUAUUAACACUUAAUAUUAUCUCUCAGCAUUUUUUUUGUCCAUAAAUUCUUGCUACUUUUAGGCAAAGUGGAGAAAAUUGACUGCAAAUUGUCCCGUAUCGUUGGACAUGUUUGAGCAUAUCAGUCUUAUGACGUUGGACUCUCUACUGAAAUGUACUUUCAGUUAUGACAGUGGUUGCCAAGAGUAAGUAUUUUCUUUCAACUUAUCUGGAUACCAAUUUAAUCCACUACCAAAAGAAUUGAAAAUAUUUAAACCUACUUCUAUGAGCUGUCCUGUAGACACUAGCAUGUUGGAAAGCUUUGGAGGGUUUUUGUGUGGUCACUGUGAUCCUACUCUACAGUAGAUGAUUCCCUGUUUUACAAAAUAACAAACCAGGAAGGAGUAUAUACUAAUACGGACCCUUGCAUGCUGUGACCAACAUUAUAGCUAAUAUCAAGAAGGUUUAACAGUAAAUAAAUACUGAAAAAUAAUACUUUGAAUGUGGUAUCCUUUUAUCUAGUUGAAAUAUUAGUUUUAAGCAAAAACCUUAAACCAUAUAAAAAUAAGUAAAAAAUUGAGUACUUGAAGAAUAGAUAAACUUAGUCAAAACUGUGGGUUAACACCCAUACUACUUGUAUUAUUAAACUUGGUAUUUUUUAUUUUUACAGGAAGUCCAGUGAUUACAUUGCUGCAAUUUAUGAGUUGAGUGCGUUGGUGGCACACCGUUAUCAAUAUCCACUCCACCACAUUGACUUCAUAUAUUAUCUCUCUUCCAAUGGACAGAGGUUCCGUCGGGCUUGCAAUAUCGUGCAUGGCUUCACAGCGGGAGUUGUACAGCAGAGGAAGGAUGCCCUGCAAGAUAAGGGGGUGGCUGAAUGGAUUAGGUCCAAGCAAGGGAAAACCAAAGACUUCAUUGACAUAUUGUUACUUUCACAGGUCAGUUUUACAUGGAUAAGAUUUUAAAUUGUUUUUCAUUUUUCAGGCGAGCAAAGAAGAGCAAGUAGUAUACCUAAAGUUUUGACAUUAGUGGUCUAGUGACUCUAACCUCAAUCAGAGAUGUAUAAUGGCCUAGGUCAACAAGGAUCUAGUUCAGUAAGAGGAAGACAGCUGGUUAGGAUACAGCUCAACGUUAGAAUAAACAAAGGGCUAGGAUGUUCACUAAAGUGAGAAUUCAAGGUGAAUUAAAAGUGAAUUUCAACCUUAAGGAAAAAGUAGUCAAACUGUAAAAGAAUUCUAAAUCAUCUAUGCUUUCCAUUCACCUACCUUAACAUUGAACUUCACUGUGAAUUCUCACUUUAGUAAAUAACUCUAAUAAUGUAAAAGUACCAAGGUGAUACAGUUAUAUAUUUUUAUAUCAUUAUUAUAGUAUUAAAUCCAAAACAUGAUAGUUCCAACUUAAAUAUGGAAAGCUUUAUUUUUGUACUUGCAAGUGUUCAUCCCCAUAUUGGUGAAGACCAUAUAACCUUUAGAAACUAUAAUCCAAAAUUUCAAGCAUCCAUUGUGAAUCUAUCCCAGAGUAGCCUAUUGCUUCUGUUUUAGCAUUGUCUAUAAUAAAAGUGUGAAUAGUGCAAUACCACUAUAAUGUUUAAAUGGGUUUGUUGCAAUCAUAUGUAGCUAUUUACCUUAUAUUAGGAUCUAAGCAAAUUGCAGCCGGCCUUCAAUGGGUAGCUGAAUGGUUUUCAAAUAACUCAAUUUCAGGUAAAACUGUUGAACUUGGACAAGCUAACAUCAUACAUCUACUAAUUUGCAUUUCAUACAAGCCUGAAUGUUCAUAAUACUAAAUUGUUGACAGAACCAAGUACUCUACAACUAACCAAUCUCGAGGGCUGCACCAUGCCGGUGGAACUCACUUCCCUCCUCCGUCAGAUGCUCACCCAGUCUCCAUUCCAAAAAAAUCAUAAAAAAUCCACUUCUUCAUAAAAGCGUAUCAAUUAAACUGUUAAUAGCUCCCGACUGAUUCCUCUCUUGCAAAUAUCAUUAGCCUAAUACUAUCUUUACCUUUUGUGUCACUUUACCUCACUCCUUCUAGCAUGUAAGCUCAUUGAGCAAGGCCCUCAACCCCUCUGUUCCUGUGUGUCCAACUUGUCUGGUUACAACUACAUGUUUGAUAGUCCACCCACUGUAAUGCGCUGUGGAAUUUGUUGGCGCUAUAUAAAUAAUAACAUAAAAAUAACCAAAUCAAUGUGUCAUAUUUUUGUUCAGGAUGAGGAUGGAAGUCAGCUGUCUGAUCAGGAGAUGAGAGAUGAAGUGGACACCUUUAUGUUUGAAGGUAGGAUAACCAUAACUAUAUUUUCAUUUUUAAACUAUUGAAUCAGUGUGAUAUCAUUACUGAGGAAAAUGUUAUUUACCAUUUAAUAGAUAAAAAAUUUUACAUUUACACUAGCAUGCCUGUGUGUUUGUAAAUAUAAUACUCAAAUUCCUUGAAUAUUCUGUACGAUAAGGGAGUUCACUAUUUAUCGCUGCUACCUUAAUAAGGACAAGAUCAAUGUCCUGUAGCUCAUUUCCCCAUGGGAAGCCUUGGCAGGGGACUAUGCUGUCAGUUGUCAUUCAGAAAGUGUUGUACAGGAAUCAGUAGGUUAUAAGUAGUGGUCAGUCAGGGGCCAUUUUAGUUUCAAAUUCCAUGUGAAGUUGUCCCACACUCCCAUCCCUAUAGGCAUGAUUUUGGUUUACUGUCACAGUCAUGGGCAGGAACUUGCCAGGUAUUUAGGUCAUUCAGGCAUGGUUGUUCAGUGGUGGCAAUGAUCACGGGAGGUUCCUGGUUAGGCAUUUUAACGGGGAGCCUCAGGUAAGGGACAGCCAUCUGGAAAUGCACUCCCCAAAUUGGGCACCUUCAUAGUUACAUAGUUACAUAGCUGAAAAGAGACUUGCGUCCAUCAAGUUCAGCCUUCCUCACAUUUGUUUUUUUCUGUUGAUAAGUUUUGGAUUAUUGUUCAUGUUAACGCACCUAUUUUGAGGGAAAAUUAUUUUAAAUAAAUUGGCUGUAGAUUUUUCAUAAUCAUACUUGUGUUUAUAUGUACACGAGAAGCUUAGACAUGUCAUUUUUUGUCCAGAUUAUUUGGGAUAUCUGAGGAAUAUGCAGUGGGCCAUUGGUUUUCCAUCUGGAUGUCAUGUCAGUUGUGCUGUCUGGCAUGUCCCUAAAUUAUUCACCAGCGGCAAUAGGGGAAAAGUUCUCUAAAACCUGUUCUGUGCUAGAGCUGUCAGUACAUGAUCUAUGUGAUUUUGCAAACAAGCCAAUUGUGAAGAAAAUAGACUUUUUAUUGACAUUUUCUUCUUUGUUUGGUACUUUCCUGUUUUAUUACCUGUAUAUUAAAAGUAUUGGUUUGGUAGUGCUCCCUGGGCGGCCGCUGUUCGUACAGACGAACACCACGUGGAAUAGAAAACGGCGGCCAUCUUGUUCACAUGAGGGGAGUCAGCGGGACUUGGUCGUCGAGUGUCUGGAACUAAAAUCGGACACUCGACCUCGCGGACAACCGCUGAAACUACCGAACGCCGGCUUCUUGUAUUUCCCGAACAGCCAGGGAAGCGCCAUUCGGUAGUUCUGUGCGAACGGACAAGGGGAGCAAUCGCUACUAUGAGCCAGGGUGAUCCAUUCGGGACUUUUGUUCGGUUUUUACCUAUUUGUGAAUUGACCGAUCCCACACCUUGAAUUCAUGGAACUGUUUUGGGCAGGAGCCGCGUGUGUGGUCGGUAAAAGGGACCCUCCACACUUUUUUAGAACCCCUGAACUGAUCUGGGUGAAAUUUGGAUAUGUUGGUCUCCCAGAUCGGGGCUACCAGGGGAUAUGUAAUUUGUGGGGAUACCUGGUGGGGAAAGGGGUGUUCUGAGUUUUGGGGAAAUUGUGUGCUCUCUGCCUGGAGAUAAUUGGUUUAUUCCUUAACUUAUCUCAAUAUCUCCCAGGCAGAGAGAGGGCGUGUAUUACUGUAAAUCUGUAUGUUGAUUGGCUGUUGUCUUUGUUUGCUGUGGGAGGCCCUCUUGCAGGAGGAUUUCUCAUAAAAGCCUGUGUGUGUCAAUAAAAUUCAUUCCUGUUACACCCUUCAUGAAGUCUAGGCUCAUGUUUGGGGGAUAUUCUACUUGCUGGGAAGAAUCACCUUGGAACUGCAUUUCAUCUACCCUAUUCCUCUAACCCCUGCUGCAGCUAUAAUCACUCAUGCUCAGCUGUUGGGGAAAGGGAACAGAAGACCACAGCACAAUAACCACUGCAGGUCUUAACACCAAUAAAAUGUACACUUCACACGCAGAGUGGCAAUGGAGGAUCUUCUUUCUCUGCAGACUGUGAAGACUGAACAGUCCUUGUGUAAGGUAGAGGUCAGUUCCCUACCACAGUGAGAUAGUAGGAAAAGAUAGCAGACUAUGAUCAGUCCUUUAAGUGGACAUGCUUAACACUAUUAAAAAAGUGAGAAAAAAAUAUAGUAAGAUCAGGGAUAUGGUAAUUCAAUUAAAAAGUUAGCUUAAUGAGUCAGGAAAUCAUGGUCCAUAAAUAACUAAGUAAACAAAAAAAAGGAUACUGCCCAAAAACACUGUGACUAUAGAAACAAAUAAUACUUCAAAGGUGCUCCCUCAAAAACACCUGCAAUACAAAUGUUAAAACACAAAACACAAGUGAAGGAGUUAAGCUGAAAUGCAACCUAACAGUGGGAUUAUAAAUGGAUACAACAGAACCUCAAACCAUAGAUAUAAUAAAGCAAUGAUAACCAAGAUUCAGUUCAAUAUAUUACAAAUAAAAUAAAAGAUGAUGGGUGGUAGAGAACAAACAGAAUAGAUAUGGUAAUUCAAGUAAAAAGUUAGCUUAAUGAGUCAGGAAAUCAUGGUCCAUAAAUAACUAAGUAAACAAAAAAAAGGAUACUACCCAAAAACACUGUGACUAUAGAAACAAAUAAUACUUCAAAGGUGCUCCCUCAAAAACACCUGCAAUACAAAUGUUAAAACACAAAACACAAGUGAAGGAGUUAAGCUGAAAUGCAACCUAACAGUGGGAUUAUAAAUGGAUACAACAGAACCUCAAACCAUAGAUAUAAUAAAGCAAUGAUAACCAAGAUUCAGUUCAAUAUAUUACAAAUAAAAUAAAAGAUGAUGGGUGGUAGAGAACAAACAGAAUAGAUAAAAGUUUGGGCUUAUCCAGCUUGAAAAAUCUUCUUGGUACAUAUAAGAAGUAGAGAAAACCAAACAGAAUAGUGCAGAUGGGAUAAAAUUUAGAAUUGCAUUGACUAAGUAGUGCACUCACCAAGGAAGGCAUCAAAACAGGAUAUCUCCAUGUAAAAAUGGCUAGAUGCUGAAGAGGAAGGAAUCCACUUUUUCACUGCAAAAAAAUAUAAAACAAUAGAAAGUGUCUGUAUCCUCUAUACAAUGUGUUUCGUCCCAAGAGACUUCUUUAGGUAAAUGUGGAUAUAUCCAGUCAUCUUCUUAUAUAGGAUAACACCAAUGAAAGAAACACACUGCACCUGGCUUUGCAUGCUUCUCAAGACCAAUGAAAGAAACACAGUCCACUUGGCAUUGCAUGUGUUUCAGGCUCUUCCCAUAGGAAAGCAUUACUUCACUGCUUUCCAAUGGGGAUUUUAAUGAUGCUAGAUGUCCUCAUGCGGAUCGUGAGGAUGUCCUGCGUCAGUUAUGCGACAAAAAGUUUGUUAGGAUCCAGGAAGUGCCUCUAGUGGAUGUCUGAUUGACAGCCACUAGAGGCAGUCUAUAGUCCUGCAAGGUAAUUAUUCCUAUUCCUCCAAAACCAAAAUGUUUUACAUUGAAGGAUUAGGAGGGACAAGGACACUGCACCCAGACCAUGAGCCUAUAGUUUCCCCUUAAUGGACUUGAAAACCACAUAGGAAAAACUUUGAAGACUGGCAGCAAAUGCCUAUAUAUAAACGUUGUUUCUUUUGUAUAAAGUAUCUUAUGCUUGCUGCUAUAAUGUGAUACUCUGUAAAAGUGUGUCAUUCCAUCCACUGAUAAGUGCUCUAAUUGAACGAUUAAUGAGAAGGUGUAUUUGGUUUUGAUCUUUUGUGCUUAAUAAGUUAUUAGGUUCUCCUAUUUUCACCACAAUUCAAUGGAAUUAUUUUAACUAAGGCGCUCCACUUAGCUACUUAAUUUUUUACUUUUAUAUAUUAUUAAUGCUUACAUGAAGAUCAGAAAAUUGUACAUGAAGGUUAUACAGAAAUAUAUAUAACGCUGAUGUUUUUGCAAAAUUUCUCUUACCAGGAACUUGGCAACACAACACAUUUAUUGUGAAUAUGUAAAACAUUAUUUAGAAUGCUUAUAUGUUAAUAAUAAUGUGUUAAUGUGAAUUAUUUCAAAUUAGUUAAUGCAUGAUAUUUAUCUAUAUUGAUAUUAUUUCUUUCCAAAGGACAUGACACCACAGCCAGUGGCUUAUCUUGGAUACUGUAUAAUUUGGCCUGUCACCCAGAAUAUCAAGAGAAAUGCAGGGAGGAGAUUAGAGAGCUAAUCCGAGGGGAAGACACUGAAGAACUGGACUGGUAAGUAACCAAACCAUGGGAUUAUGUCAGACUUUUGCAAUUCAAAGCACUUUAUUUUAAAUGCAGUGAUAUUAAACAUAUCAAUACAAUCUAUCUAUUCCUCUGUUGAAUCACUUAACUGUGUGUCUGAUAUGUGUAAAAACAUUUAUAUACUUACCUUAAAAGGAUAUCUCAUUUACUUGUGGUUUAAUCAUGAAUCCAAAUGCAUUAUUACUGCAAAGACCUCUUUGUUUUGGGUUCACCCUCUUGCUCAAUAUGACCAGUUGAAACACCAUAAGGAAAGAUAUAGGUCUGUAGAAAUGUUGCAUUCUCAUAAGGUUUCAGUGGAAAUAACUAUUUAUCGAUGAACAUCAUAAGGUAAUACAUGGGUCACAAACGCUUCUCAUUAAAGGGGGGAAAUAUUAAUGUGAUGGAAUUACAAAUGAAAACUAACAUGGAAUGGACUUUAAUACAUUAUCAUUGACUUUUCAUUCAUGAUUAAGAAGUGUUAAACCUUUCUGAAAGGCAGACAUUGGAUUUUUGUGGUCCUCCAAUCUUUACUGGUUUGUGAUUUCAGAAUGAUUGAUAGUCAGUUAUGGAGUCUGCAAGCUCUCUCAGGGUUAACUUUUCUUAAUGCUUCUUUUCAUUUACUUCUAAAGCCACUCUUUGUUGUGGUGAACGAGGGGAAGAUUACCAGCACCACCUUCACAUUUUAGAAUACUUUUUUUUUCUACAAAUAGAUAAAAAAAAAGACCUGCCACUCUCAGUGUAGGCAAAGUUCAUUUGUGAAGUCAGCUACAGCCACACACUUUGUAUAGUCAUGAGGGAAGAAGCUUGCAAUUUCUAAAGCACGUGCAGUGGCACAGAAGCACACUGCAAAUCAAAAAAUCCAUCUAAUUAAAAAUAAAAAAAAUAAAGCAAACACACACACUAGUGUAUCCAAGUGGGUAUAAGUGAAUUUCUUUAUCAAUUCAUUGAAUGAUGAAGGUGUGACUGUUCAUGUCGAACCUGCCUCUGUCAACUACUGGCACUAUCCCCAAAAUCCCACCAGUUCUGCCCAAGGGCCUCAUGGGGGUGGUGGUAGUAGUGGAAGAGGAAGUGCAACUGGUAGGUUGUGACAACUGUGCAGAAUCAGAUACAGCUUGACUUGCUUCUUUGAUCAGUAAUACAGAUGUGUGGCAUCCUUUCAGAUGUAGCCUCAUCCCAGCACUAUUGAGAUGUCUCUUCAUUCGCCCCCUGCUCACUUCGUUGCCACACAAUUUGCACAAUUCAAAUUGACCUUUUUGGAGACAGUUAAAGUGAUCCAAAGUUUCGUUUAGUUAGUGCAAAGCAGUACCCUCUGCCUUGCGUCUGCUGAGGAUGCAGGUGGAUUUUCAUCGGUGGCAGGUGAUGUUGCCAGUAUAGAUCAUGUUGAUGGUGGUGGCAUUGGUACUGGUGGUGGUGGUUUUAGUGGUAAAGGUAACAUUGACAUUGGGUGAGCUACUUGUACAAGUGGUAGCAGGUGCAUCUGAUUUCUCAACUAUCAAGUUAAUAGUAAAAGAGAGAGAAAGAUAAUAUUGUAAUAUGUAACACAAAGGUGUAUAUUUUUUUUUUAUAACUCUUGAACUAGCAGUGAUAGUAGGAGCUGCAUUUCAAGUAGAAAUGGCAAUAUAAAUUGUUGCAACACAAAAAAAUUGAAAAAAAAAACCAAUUGACUCCUGAGUGUCGAAUAAUGGACAUUCUGUUAAUUUCACUAUCCUGAGCCUGAGUACGACUAAUAGUGGUGGUGGCGGUGUCAGCAGUCAUUAUAACCCAUGUGUUUAAACUCUUAGAAGCUGUGGCACUACUACUCAUAGUGGAUUGGAGUACAAGUCCCUUGUCCCUACAAUUCCUUAAUUUUGGCACGGAUGUGGUAUCUGACAUUGAUGAUGAUACCUUUUUUUUUUUUUUUUUCUUGUUUUAGUAAAAUAGGUAUGCAAAUGGUUGUGCAUAUUGUAAACUAACACACAUUUAGCAGGAAAUAUAGGUGCUUGUAUUCCAAAGUGGGCUGGUGGAUUUACCGCUGAAAUGUUAUUGUGUUUGGCGUACACAGUGCAUGCACACUUGUACAUAUACAAUGUACUGACAUUAGUCAGAAAACAGUAAAUAAAGUAUGAUGUUAUGUAAACAAGACAGAGUAAUCCCUAUAAUGGGCCAAACUACGAAAAAAUGUCCAAUAAUUAUAAAAACAUCCCAAACCCAACCAUAAACCUUUAAAAUCCUACCAUGAAUCCAAAAAGCAUUUUUUAAAAGGGGUGAUUUUUUAAAAUAGUAGUCAUUUGAAAGAGGGUCAAGGGUGCAGAACCUGGCUAGCAUCCCUUAGGGAAAGGAAAAUAGAUUAUAAAGAAAGCUACACUAGACUAGUUAGGUCUAGUGUAGUUUUCUUUGACUAGUUAGGUGGAUUAGUUAGGUCCACCCAACUUUUGAGAGUUAUUAAUUUGAAUGAGGAUCAGCUUUGUGUUCUUGAAAAAAGGUCUUUCCUUUAUGCCAGUCAUGGUUUUUGAUAAAUUCAUGUAUUCCAAAGAUCUACACGUAUUUCGCGCAAACUAGCAUUGCAUAAAUAUCACAAACCUAAAUUGAAGAGAAAAGUUAAUGCUUGGACCAUACUACAGAAAGAUUAUUAAAGUGUCUCUAUGUGUUGUUUGACCUUCAAAAUGAGAAUGAUAGGUCCUCUCAUGCCAAGUGUCAUUUUACUCUAAGUCUUAAUAACUUCUACAAUAUUGAACUUUUCAUCGACUCAGUCUCUAGCUUGGCUCUUUCCUUUGCAAAAGUAAAUUACUUCAAUACCCUCAUAACCACACUCUCCCGCGAACCCAAACGACUAUUUCACCCAUUUAACUCUCUUCUUCACCCCAAUUGUUCCUCCUCCAUCUACUAACUUGACCGCCUCAGACUUUGCAACUCACUUCAAUCAGGGAAGAGAUCUCUCAUCUUUCUUCUUCCCGUUACAAAACUUCCCUUAACCUCACUUCCUCUGCUGUUCUAUGUUCAUUCGCACCCGCUACAGUGGAAGAGGUUUCUGCUCUGCUCCAGUCCUCCCACCCCACCACCCGCUCCCUAGAUCCAAUUCCUUCGCAUCUCAUCGGUACUCUGUCUUUUUCUCUUUCUCCACCUCACACUAAAAUUUUCAAUCUCUCUCUCUCCUCUGGCAUAUUUCCAUUGCCCUUCAAACAUGCAACUGUAACCCCAAUUCUAAAGAAGCCCAACCUUGACCCUAACUCCCCGUCCAACUACCGUCCUAUCUCGCUAUUGCCUUUUGCAUCCAAGAUCCUUGAAAGAGUUGUGUAUGCAAGAUUGACAGACUUCCUCGACUCUAACUCUCUGCUAGACCCGCUUCAGUCUGGUUUCCACCCUAAGCACUCUGUGGUAACGGCACUGACCAAAGUAUCCAAUGAUCUACAUGCUGCAAAAUCUCAUCCUAAUUCUCCUUGACCUGUCUGCAACUUUUGACACUGUUGAUCAUCAACAGCUUCUUCUCAUCCUGCGCAAUAUCGGUCUACAAGAUAUUGCUCUCUCCUGGUGCUACUCCUACCUUUCCUAGCACUCUUUCAGUGUUUCUUUCUCUGGCUCUGUUUCUUCUCCUCAACUCCUCUCUGUUGGUGUCCCCCAAGGUUCAGUCCUUGGUCCCCUACUGUUCUCUAUUUAUACUGCCUCCCUUGGUAAACUCAUUAGCUCCUUUAGCUUCCAAUAUCAUUUCUAUGCGGAUGACAUGCAAAUCUACCUGUCCUCUCCUGAUCUCUCCCUGUCCCUCUUGACUAGUGUCUCUGACUGCCUCUCUGCUAUUUCUAAAUGGAUGACUGCCCACUUCCUUAAACUCAACUUGGCCAAAACUGAAAUUCUAGUCUUUCCUCCCUCAAGUGUUGCUACUCCUGUGUCUGUCUCCCUUCGAGUCAACGGUGAUACCAUCAGCUCCUCCACGCAGGCUCGCUGCCCUAGGUGUUCUCUUUGAUUCCGACCUCUCCUUCAUACCUCAUGUUCGGUCUAUCGCCAAAUUCUGUUUCCAUCUCAAAAACAUUGCGCGCAUCUUACCCUACUUAACGUCAGAUGCGACUUACGUGCUGGUCCAUUCUAUUGUCCUUUCUCGCCUUGACUACUGUAAUCCUCUUCUCAGUGGUCUUACAUGCUCCCAACUUGCACCGUUACAGUGCAUAAUUAAUGCGGCAGCGAGGCUCAUCUUCCUGUCCUCCUACUCUUCACCUUUCUGUCAGUCCCUGCAUUGGCUUCCUGUAAGAUAUGGGGCUUAAUUUAAAAUUCUGGUUCCUGCUUUCAAAUCUUUAAAUAAUGCUGCUCCCAUCUAUCUAUCCUCACUAAUACACAAGUAUGUCCCGUCUAGGCCCUUACACUCUGCUGAAGACUUACGUCUGUCUUCUGUCCGUACUCCCACUUCUGAUGCUCGCCUUCAAGACUUCUCCAGGGCUGCACCGUUCCUGUGGAACUCCCUUCCCUCCUCCGAUAGAUGCUCACCCCGUCUCCACUCCUUCAAAAAAUCAUUAAAAACCCACUUCUUCAUAAAAGCGUAUCAAUUAAACUUUUAAUAGCUCCCGACUGAUUCCUCUCUUGCAACUGUCAUUAGUCUAAUACUAUCCUUACCUUUUGUGUCACUUUACCCCACUCCCUCUAGCAUGUAAGCUCAUUGAGCAGGGCCCUCAACCCCUCUGUUACUGUGUGUCCAACUUGUCUGGUUACAACUACAUGUCUGUUCGUCCACCCACUGUAAAGCGCUACAGAAUUCGUUUGCGCUAUAUAAAUAAUAGCAUAAUAAUAACCAUUAAACCAGUAGAUAAAGGUGGAAAUGUGGUCACUAUAGGUAGCAGUAAAUAUGUCAACAUGGUCCACAAGGUACUUGAUGAUGAUGACAUGUAUAAUAUUCAAAUCAGACACUACUGGUCAGUUUCUAAAGGAAUAUAGGAAUAUGAAGAUGACAGUCAGAGAGUAGAGGGUUACUAUUGAGAGAUGAAUAUGAAUAAAUUCACAACAGAAAUCUUAAAAUAGCAUCUUUAUACUUCUUGCUCCCUAAAGUCCUCAAUAGUUUGGCUGACCUUCCUGGUCAACCAGUUGUGCAAAGAUACUCAGACUGUUUGCUAAGUCUUUACCGUCAUAUAUUCCCGAUACUAAACAAGCCCUGGUGAUUGCCUUGCCUUGACACAACUUUGCAGCCUUGACAUGGAAUUUCUUUACUCCUCUACUCCACAUGACAAGGCAAUUCUUCCAUGAGAGGAGGGGGAAGUCAUUUUGUGGGACACACCACUUUUACUCUAGACCUUUUCCAAAUCAUAUUUACUCACACUUGCUUACUUUUUGGCAACACCUUAUACCACGAAGUGAGGGUCACUGUGAUGUAAUAGCUUGUGCACCAUCACAUAUCAACCUGCACCUGAGGUGAGAGGAAGUUGUUGUUUUCUCCCAGGAUAUCACUGAAAUUCUCUCAUGUAAAAAUUUAUGGCAUCACUAUAUUGAUGUCAUUUUCAUUGCCUGGCUUGUUAUCCAAGAGAAAGUCCUAGUAUUUGUAGCAUUGUUGUAUAGGACAGACCAAGAUUUAAGGUUCACCCCCCAAGUUGGGAGGUUCUUUUUUAACUUUCUGGACCUUACUGUCUCAAUUAAUAAUCAGCGAACCCUGACUACUACGGACAGGCCAGUAUUUCAGGGUGCAGAGACACUGCAGUACCAUGGAAGAUGUUAAGGCCAAAGCUAUCAUUUUGAAAAAAAAAAUGACUUUUUCAGGAAAAAAGCUACCCAACCAAAUGUUUAAAUAGAGCCUAUAAAAGGAGCCUAGUGACAAACAGUUCCUUUUUUUGGAACCCCAACCCACCUCUAGACAAAUCAAAGCAAUCUAUUAGAUGUAUAGGAACUCAUGGUGCUUAUUGGCACUUAAUUCGAGACACUUUAUGUUUUUGCACCUGCUAACCAAUGACCCACAUCUGAGGGAGGUGCUGAGCCCCCAUGCUACUAUAACGGCUCACAGAGUGGCAACAUUUGAGGGACAUGCUUUCAGCUAGCCACUAUCAAGCAAAGAUCUAAAUUACGAAUUUGCUUCACAAUACUCUUAUUGGCACAUUGAAAUGUGGGAGGUGUAUGGUCUCCAAAUACAUUGAGAGAGACUCUAAACUGAUCCACACAGCGACAAUAAAAAAACAUUCCAAAUCAAAACAUUCUUUAAUUGUAAAACCUAUGGCUUGCUUAUCUACUUACUUGUCAAUGUGGUAUGAAAUAUAUUGGCAAGAACUUUCACCCUUUCAAAGAGCAUAUAGAGGAGCAUGUGAGAUCAGUCAAAAACCCUAGGGAUACACCUUUUAUUUACGCAAAGAUUUAUCUAGUGCUCCUGGCAGUAAUAGCUAAAUAUAGAAUAAAGUGAAAACUAGUCUCACUCUAGAAUAAAUGACCCAGGCUAUCCCCCACUCCAACACAGCAAGAAUAAAACACACAUAGAUCCACUGCUGGUCAUCCUCCCUCAAUAGCUGAAGUCAAAGAGUCUGGAAAAGCCCUGCUUAGAAAUAUAGUAAUUUUAUUGCUUCUCCUUUUUUUCCCAUGUGUUGGUCACAUCACUUGAUCUGUGAAUAAGAUCAACAUUUAGUGUCUGUCCCCUAGCCAUCAAUCAUCUUUUCUUUUUUUGCUAUCUCUUGAUUGUAGGAAGAUACAGCCCACAUAAUUGGGAAGACCUCUUUUCCAUCAUGGGAAACAAAGCUGCUUAUUUGCCCCCAAUGGAAAAAACUGUCCUCCAUUUCAACACCCUAUUUUAUGGUGCCAAGAAUCACAAAUCACAAAUUAAAUCACAAAUGUACAUGUGUAUACAGUAUCAGUACUGCUAUGGCCAGCCCAGUCACCAAAUAUCAGAAGAGCUUCUAGGCAAUGGUACAGCUAUCAGUAGAAGAGAUCCAAUAAGUGGUAAUUUGGAGUAAUUGGUAGAGGCAUAGGAGGCAUAGGAGCCAAAAUGGGUAUGGUAGAAGAAGAGGGUAAAGCCUUGGUGUGAUCUCAGAGUGUUAUUUCCCCCCUCGCCUCCAUACAGCGUGGCCGCACCCGAUUGCUGUGGUCACUCUGUUAAAAAUAUAAAAAACGUACCUGAGGCAAGUCAGGUUUCGAUUUAGCACCCUCAUGGAGUGAUCUCCAACAGGUUCUAAUGAAUGCUGGCCGCUGCGGUCCUACAAAACAAUAUAGCCCCGCCUCUGUCCUCAACAAACCGAUGUGUACAAACGACACGCAUGCACGUUAUUAGGGUCAAAGGCUAUGUACAACCAAUCAUAGCCUUAGGAGGGUUAUUUAAACUCAAAAUAGCAUUUGAUCAGUGCCCUGUCGUGGUUUCCACUAGUUGGUUAACAUAGAGUGCGUUUUAGUUAUUUUUGAUAUUUGACUUUGGCAUGUAUUUUGACUUUCCCAUAUUUCUGGUAUCCUUGACUUUUGACUUGUUUCCUCGUUGUGUCGCUUUCUGUGUCCCUGACCUUGGCUAGUAUUUUGACCAUUCUUUAUUAAAUUACUUGCCAUUCUAAGGCCCGGUAUACGUUAUCCUGAUUCAUUGUAUGUUACAUAGUUCUGCUUGUUGGGUCACAUAGUAAUUGUUACACAGAGGUAGACGUUGUCUCACUGGUAGUUGAAUAUAUAAAAGAGAAAGAAUAUAACAAAAUAUAGUGUAGUAUAUUCUGUAUAAAAUAGUUCAGAAUAAGAAGUGCUCUUACUAAGUGUAGAGCUCUAGUAGCUCUACUAGGUAGCGCCUGGGUGCUUUGAUCCCCCCCUAAGGAUCGCUGGUCUCUUCUUAAAUAAGGUGCUAGGGUAUGUGGUGACCUCAGGUAGGCAGGUUAGCUCUGGAUGAUAUAUAUCCCAGCUGAAGACUUUAUGAACUUGAAAUCACAUGAAGUGAUGGUUUUAUGCAGAUUAAAACAAAAAUAAAAAUACAGUGUACAAAAUCCAUAAAAUAAUAAAAAAUACAGAGGAAAAGCAAAAAUAUGGUUUUGCUUGGUCCACAGCACUUAACUGGUAUGCUAUAUCCGGGCUCCAGGAGAAAAGAUCAGGGGUAUGUCUAGAAGAAGUAUAAAACAUAAGAACUACUUUAUAAGUAUAUAUCAAUCCAGGCAGUAAAAAAACACUUAACAAGUUUCACCUCGAAAAAGGCACUCUGAAAAAUGUACAGACAAAUGGACUUACAUGGAUUAUAAAAUUCAAAUGUAACUUACAUAUGUAGUCAUAAUAAUGUGAUCAAAUAAAACAAUUAUUAAAUAAAAGAUACAGAAAUUGAAUAACCCCUUUAGGCUAUAAAAACAAUCUAUAAUAAAGAUGUUAAUACUCAAAUUAAUAUAAAAACAAAAUGGUGCCACUAAUCACAUCCAUGAUUGGUGAUAAAAUAACACAUUUUUUAGUAUAUAAAUUGAUGAGAUAGCUCAGUGGGCUAAUGCAUCAUCAGUAGUAACUGCUAAACCCGGGGGUUGCAGGCUUAACUCCCAGCAGGGCCAACUCAGCUCUUAUCCUUCUGAGUCAGACAAAACGAGCAUCACUAAAUUGGGUGAAAGUAAAAUCCUCAGAAUGUACCUGGAAACCAGAGCAUAUCCACAUGUACUGUUCCUUAUCAAACAUUUUGUAAUUAUCAUUAUUUAAAAAAAAGAAAAAAACACUAUAAGAGAGAAUAAAGGAGGGAGUGGCAUGUACAAUUAACAUUAAGCCAAAUUGAGGGUUUAGAACUAAAAAAAUGUAUGUGUUACAAUUAUAUCCAUUAAAAAAUAUAUAACUAACAAAUAAAAUAAAAACAUAUAUAUAUAAUAUUAAAGUAGCGACCUCGUAUGACUUGUAUUGGGAUGGCGGCACUUAUUUAUCUUUUGUAAGAGAAUCUUUUCCAGAGAGAGACUUAGGCACAUUAUAAAGAGAAGACUUUUAUAAAAUGCAGAACAGGCAGAUUAACGCUGUAAGGUUAAAAAAAUACAAAUUUGAAGAAUGUAAUAAAAAAAAAAUAUAAUAGGAAGGGAUAAAAUUGGACAUAAAAACAAUUAAGCCAAAUUUGUAUAAAAAUUUAAUUAAAAGGGAAUAUGUGAAAUGACUAUAUAAUAGAUAAUGAAUAAAAAUAAAUGUUUUUAACAUAUUGCCCUCUUGACAAAGUGGGAAAGGUAUGGGAAUUUUCUAUAUAGUACAACAUUUUUAUUGACUUGGAUCCUUAUUGUGUAACAGGAAAUGCUUUGAUACUGAAUGGUUUCUAACUGCUUUAGAAUGUUCCUCACAUGUUCAGCUAUUCUAGUUUUAUAUUUUCUUGUUGUCAUGCUGAUAUACCGCAAACCACAGGGGCAUUCUAUAUUUUUUGAAUUACAUGUAAUAAAAUUCCUUUUAUCAUGUUUUUUUUUUGAUUAAUAUGAUUAAAAUUUUAAUGUUAGAGAGUUGAUUUUAUAUGUAUUUUUACAAGCAGUGCAGUUUUACAUUUAUUAAAACAUGUUUUAUCUAAAAAUAAAAUUUAAUGGGAACAUUUAUUUCUGGUAUAGUUUUUGGUAAACUGAGUUUUUAAACUGGUAGCUCCUCUGAAAAUAGUUUCCGAUUUAUCUGGAAUGAUUCCUUUAAUGGUAUUGUCUUCUUUCAGAAGGUUCCAAUGUUUAUAUAUAUUUUUUUUUCAUUUUGUGGCUCUUGUUAUUAAAAUCAAGAAUAUUAGGAUCUAUGGGAUUAUUGUUUUAGAGAGUUUGUACUGUAUUAGUUAUUUUCUAUCCAUUUAGCCUAUGUUAGAAAUUAGUUUGUUGAUCUGAUUGCCAUCAUAAUUACUCUCCAACAGUUUUUCUUUUAGAGAAUAUGCAUCUUUUGUAAACAUUUCCAAAUCAGUGCAGUUUCUUCUUAAACAAAUUAGUUGACUUUUAGGGAUACCCCUAAGCCACGGGGAAUAAUGACAAUGGUUGUAUUGAAAAAAGUAUUUGUGUGCACCUCUUUAAAAAAGUUUUUGUAUUUAAAAUAAUAAUAUAAAUCUCCAGAUCUAAAAAAAAUACUUCUGUUUUGCUAAAAUCUGAAGUUAAAACAAUUCCUGUAUCAUUGAAGUUUAGAUAUUUAAAAAAAAUUAAGAUCCAUUUUUGUGUCAUUCCAAACAAAAAAAUUCCCAAUCAGCCAUGAAUAGAUUUGUGUAGCUAGGGGCGAACCUAGUCCCCAUAGUUGUUCCUUGUUUCAGCAGAUACAAAGAUUUGUCAAACCAGAAAUAAUUAUUAUUUAAAGUCAUAGAUAUACCCUCUAUAAUAAAAUAUAUUUGUAUAGUAGAAAUGUCUCGGGCAUGUUCAAGAAUACUGAAAUGUACCAAACUCUCUGUUCAUUGAUCAUUUUGAUUAUUUGUAGAGUCUAAUCACUGAUAGACUAAUGGCGGUGGAGGUGGUGGAGGUGGUCAGUGGAGGUGGUGUAAAAAAGGUACAUUUAAAUGCUAUGCAUGUGUGCCUCAUGUUUUGCACAAACUGUACAUAGGUAUGUUGCUUAAUGCACAAGUAUAGUGCCUGACCAUGCUUCAGGGUUACAAACUCUUCUCAUGGCCAGACCAACUUACCCAUUCAUUUGAGGACAAAACUUGUAGUACCAUUAAGUAGUCAUAUCUUAUCUAUAGCUAAAGACAUACUUGAAAAUGAGGGAGAGUCUCACAUCCUAUUGAUAUAAUGCAUGCCUAUUUCAGGGAAGCAUACAAAUUGCACUAAUUUCUGAUGUACGUAUUAAUUAGGGAAUAUAUGCAAAACAAAAAGAAAAAAAUAGUGAUCAUUUAGUUUAUUUUAUGGGGACAUUUGACCUCUAUUAUAGUGGACAUAAAAAUGCAUUAUCGCAGUUGACAUAAUCCUCCCUUAUAAGUGAAUCUCUGUAUUUGCUUCCUAGGGAUAAUUUAUCUAAUUUACCUUUUACCACCAUGUGCAUAAAAGAAAGUCUAAGACUACACCCUCCUGUAACAAUAGUUUCCAGACGUUGUACUGAGGACAUCAAAUUGCCAGAUGGCAAAGUCAUUCCAAAAGGUAAAAUGUACAUUUAAGGCUGAAUCAUAAUAGUUCUGUUAAACUUAAAAUAGUACAAAAUUAGCUAGUGAUUAAGUAGGGAAAAGGGUAAGAGAGCUGACGAAUAGAAGGGAAACAUGAUGUCAUGGUUAGAUAUUUAGAUUUGGCAUCCAAGUGUGAAGUUUGUUACAUUUUUUACACAAACCGAAAAAGAAAAUAUGGGGUUGCGCAUUUUUGUUUAGGUAUAUUUCUUUUGUAUAGCUGUGUCUUAUAUUGAAUGUUUACUUCCUGUCUCUUUCAAGGUAACAUCUGUCUAAUCAGUAUCUAUGGAACCCAUUACAACCCUUUAGUCUGGCCAAAUCCAGAAGUAAGUGUUGGGGACAUAAUAGCUUAUUUAUAUUCUGUUAAUGUAAAGAUGUACAUCCACUCUUAAGAUCUCUUUUAUGUCUAGGUAUAUGAUCCAUACCGUUUUAAUCCAGAGAAUUCUAAAGACAGAUCUUCACAUGCAUUUAUUCCAUUCUCUGCUGGUCACAGGUAAAGAUAUUUUUUAUAACAUUGCUCAUAGCAAUCCUUUAUACCUGUUACAUUUACUUUAUCUUCUUUCCAUAAUUAGUGAAUAUCCAUUCCUUUCUAUCUCCCCAUUACAUUACUGGAAUCAUGUAUUUUCCUCUUGAUGAGACCGCCACAUGACUCAAAGGCACAUAUACACAAUAAUUGCAAUUUAGUCUGACUAAUAGACCUGUUAUUACAAACGAUUCAAAAGAAGGCAAAACACUUUUUUAAAUUCUAGGUUUAUGGGUAUAUAAACAUUGCUAUCACUUCUAGAAUUAUUUUGUUCGUUUUGUUGGAUUUAUUUUUAAAUUCCAGUGCAAUCAGAAGUUAUACAUGAAACAACUGUUUGUCUUAUGUGAGUGCCGAUCCUCGCAGGCUUCCCCAAACUCCAGCCCUCCAGAUAUUGCUGAACUACAACUCCCAUGAUUCUCAGCCUAUCUAUUUCAUUCAUAGAAUCAUGGGAGUUGUAGUUUAGCAACAUCUGGAGGGCCGGAGUUUGGGGAAGCCUAGGGUAGAGCUUCUGCACCUGAAUCUUGCCAUUCCCAUCAGCCAUUGGUUAUGACAGUGGAUGGAAAUAGACAUUUCACACACUGCACUAUAGAUGCUUAUUGCAACUUAUUGCCCGGCCUCAAGAUUAUCUACGGAAGAUCCCACAGUCUUACAAGAUCUUUCAUAUAUCCCAUUUGUAUUCUUAUGCAUAUAUAAAGGAACAGCAGAGACAGCAGGUCCUGGCAGGUGAAGCUGUCUAGAGCUGAAGAGGCAGUGUAAACAAUCGGAGAAGUUAAGAUAAGUACUGUAUUUUUCCUUAACCAGUCCGCCUAUGGCCAGCACCAUAUAAACAGACAUGUCACCUUUGCAAGACCUCACUAGUAACAGUGCCGCUUUAUGGACCUGAGCCCUUGACUGUAUUAUGUAAGCUAGUUAUUGAAGUAAACAUGCAAAAUUAAGCCCCGCGCUCAAACUCCUAUUACUCCUGGGUGGCAGCAAUGGCUACAGUAUGCAUCAGCUCCAAUGAAGAGAACAAAAUCAAAAAACAUUACUUGUGCACUAUCCCAAAUCCAUAUUCACAUUUAAAUAAAUGUAGUUUUUUUUUUUUAGUAUCACUUUAAUGUCCAUUUAAAUAUAAGCUCACUUGCCAAGUCAAGGCGAAAUCUCUUAGGUGUUUCCUGCAAAAUCUCUGUCCCUAACAAAGUAACUGUAUUCAUUUUGAUUUUAAGGAUAGUGUGCAUGUAGGAAAAAGUUAUUUCCUUAUUACAGUGAUAUAUUCACCCCACACAGGAACUGCAUUGGACAGAACUUUGCCAUGUCCGAGAUGAAGGUUGUGCUGGCUCUUACUCUACUCCGUUUCAAAGUGAGCAUCGAUGAAACAAAGGCAGUACGAAGGAAGCCGGAGCUAAUCUUACGUGCAGAGAAUGGACUGUGGCUGCAGGUUGAGGAAUUGAAACCAUAAUAAUGUAUCAAAAGACCAAUCAUUGGAGACACUUAAAGCAUCUCUACAAAUAUAGUUUGUGG